GUUCUAGGCGUCAACAGCCGAGUGUGGUCUUUCGAUUUCCUCUCCUUUUCUCUUCUGUUUCUCUCGCAUAAGUGACAUCUGGCCAAGAAGGUAAGUUCAUAUAACAACUUAAGUUCUUUUUGAUAUUAUUUGUUUGUUUGGCGCUUGAUUAGAGGACAUGCUUUAGAUCAGCUGUUUACAUUGCUUUUUAGCGUUGGUAUCCCUGAUUGUAGAUUAAUUCUUUUAGGUUUCCUCCUUUCGACGUCCGCAGCGCAGUUAAUUAGUUCUUUUGUUGAGACCAAUCGCUGUUCCUUGCAUAUGACUUCAUCCAUUGUUUCUCCCCCAAUACAAACACCACUGUAACUGCUACGUUUGCAGUACGUAACAUCAGAGUCUUGAUUAGCUAGUUCUGCAUUGUAGCUUCCCAUUUUUUACGAUCUCAGGAGCCUUAGCCCAAAGAUACAUACGCUUAUACCACUGACAUAUGAGCAAUUUUAUCAAAAUAGCCAAAAAUGACCGAGUGCCAUAAUCGAUAACAUUCAAUAGCAAUCGAUUAAUUGACUUGUUGCAACCACGGGACAAGGAGGCCAUUUUGGGGGAGGGGGGGGUCUAUAGAGUAGAAUAAUUCUACUUUUUUUCUCAAAGAAUUCACUUGAAAAUAGCCAGAGAAGAGAAGUCUCUGACAUCACGUGCAAACCAGCAACAGGGGUAAAUUACCUUUAUGCUUUUUUAUCAGAGUUAUUUGUUGCAGCGGCACUAGAUUUCAGAAUGGAGAAACAUAGUAAAAGAAUAGCUUAGAACAACACCAAGGGUUAUAAUUUCAAUUUGACAUACUUCGGGCCAGUUUUUAAAAGUGUUUGUAUCAAUAAUUGAGUGUCCAUAUCAAGCGGGAUGAAAUUAGAGAAAAUAUAAGGACUAGGGACAAGGGAAACUGGCUGUGAUAAUGAGGUGUCCUUAAGUUGGGUUCAACUUUGUAUUUUAUUGGGGGUGGCUGGGGUGAAAACACAACAUGGACCCCCCGCUUUUGAUCGGGUCCAAUUGACUGCACUUACAUGUAUAUGGACCAGGUCCAUGUACACUAAAAUAAUGGGUAAUAAGCAAUUACAACCAUUGCAGUAUAGUAGGGUUUAACAAGACACUUUUGGCUGAUGCUUGGUGGUGCAUGUUGAUCACUGAUGUUCACUAAAAUGGGUAAAUAGGGGUAUAUGCAAAUCCACCGAUCCGUUUUGAUUAUUAACCAAAUCCACCAUUAAAAUUUGGCUUUGAAUCUGAAAUCAGGGCAAAAAAAAAUUUGAUACAGGUACGAAGCCCAAAAAAUCAGGGCCAAAAAAAUGGAUGAAUCCAGAAUCGAUCUGUGCAUUACAUGAUACAGCUGUAUACUAUUACAGAAAAGCUCCCAUUGAUAAUGAUAUCACCCUUGAAAAGUGGGGUCUUUUUUUAGGCUUUGCGAGCAAUAACGAGGUUUCAAAGCCUAUACCGCCAUAAUUUUCGGAUCUUUCAUGAACUUGAUAGCGAUUAACAAUUUUUCUCACACUUUCCAGAAACAAUACAGGAAUGUUUGUAGUACGAUUUGGUUACCAUUGCUGUAAGUGUUGGAAUGUAUUAUAGGUAAAUUCAUUGUUUUAAGCUGCAUGUUUUGCAAACUUCAAAGGAAUUUUGGGUUUUUCUGUUCCGUCAGUCAUCUUUAUACUCACACUAAGCUGUCAUAUUCGUGGUCCGUUUAUUUGAAUAUUCGCCAUUGUUAUGAAGGUCAAUUGACAGCUGUCAAAUUAGAACAUCCGCUGACCAUCAUCGCCUGACUGUAUUGUGGGCUUAUCUAUCAAUUGCAAGGUUGAUCACACAUUUGUUUUAAGUUUUCCACUGAUAUUUUAUUUGAUCAGGGGCUCAAUUUUGUAUUUUUAGAGCUGGAAACUUUCAUCAGGCAUGUUUACUUACACACUUGGUUUGUUUGAAUGAUCUAAAUGGCUGAAAGAGUGUAUUUAUUGUCAUUUAAAACACUGACCCCAUCAGGAGUAUGUUUUUUUUCUACUGCAAAUUAUUUGAUGAGGAAAUAAUAUGAUUACUGGUUGUAGUGAGCCGGACGUAAGCUUAACAAAUCUGAAUAGAAAUUGAUCAUUGGGAAGCUGAUUGAUUAAUAGAUAUUCGAUACUACUCGAUAUUUUUUUGUUGAUUGAUUAGUUAAUUUAAUCUAUAAAAAUCAAUAAUCACCAAUUGUUUUAUCAGCCAUACCUCAGUGCUUACCUUGAAUGAUCCAAUCUCGUAAUUAAGGAUGAACAGAGAAUGUUGGUAUAAUUAUAAGCGUGUAAAAACCUGAAAAACUUGUUGCCAUUGGCAGCAUCAGUAAAGGUCUAUAUAACCAUUCUUAUUCUUAUUACCGGGGCCCAGCAGAAGGCUGGACACCGGUCAUAAAAUGCAGACAGUUCGUUUUUUCAACGUUACAUUGUUAGGGAUAUAUCGCUGACUGAGAUAUAUCGCUGGCUCAUUGAAAUCUUAUCCGCCAUUUUGAAAAGGACGAGGCAUGGAGGACAGUCAGGAGAAAGAUUAUAGCUUUUUGGGGAACAAGACGUUCCCCAACCUUUACGAUGCACUAGUUUAUGAGCGAAAAAUUUAAGAGUGAAUAUUUGGAGAGACACAUUUACGAGCGAUCACUUAAGAGUGAACCUUCCAUCGUGAAACUCAUCGAGAAAUUGAGUUAACCUUCCAUCGUGAAAUUUUUCGAGAAUCAAAGCGAACAAUUAUCAAAAUUUGUCUUCAAAAAGAUUUCAACGAUUGACAUACCGAAGUCUUCAAAGCUCCAUGGCUAUUUUAAUAAGGUGAGAAAACUUUAUCAUGCACGAUAUAAAUGUAAUAACAAACGCGAUCCAAGGAUAAUUAACUUAAAUAAAAUGGCUAUACCCAAGAAAGCUUAUUUGUUGUCUUUCUUUAGCAGGCAUUAUUACAGGAUAAUGAAACUAAAAUGUAAAGCACAUCGAUAUUUAUCAUUGUUUUCUUGAUGCAGUCAAUAUUAGGUGCACUUUGUUUACAAUCAAUAGAUGUUGGGGGUGCAGGUGAUUGUUUCUUUAGAUCUGUAUCACAUCAAUUUUAUGGCAAUAGCAACCAUCAUAUGCAUAUAUGUACUGCUGGGGUUCAAUUUAUGAGAGACAAUCCAGAGAGAUUUAUUGAGAGCAAUACCAAAAAUUCAUGGCUAAGAUAUCUGAAUAAUAUGUGUAUUCAAGGUACAUGGGCUGAUGCACUUAUCAUUCAAGCAGUUGCAGAUGCAGUAAAUGUUACUAUACAAAUAGUAGAAUCUAAUCAAGGCUUUGCACCAUUUACUACUGUUUACCCAGUUCAGGAAAGAAAUACUUCCUCUACAAUUACUAUGGGUCAUAUUGAUGAAUACCACUAUGUAUCAACCACUGCCUUAUAAUCAAAUGCCUCCAUAUCAAUGUGCAAUGAAUUAACAAAGGAUACUCAAUCAUCAAUAAAUAAGCAUUUUAUUAUGUCCAUAUAUAACACUGGAUGACAUUUUUUACAGUGCAAGACAACAAUCCAUGACCACAAAGAUCUAUUUCAAAAAUGUCUUAUGUCUGUUAUCAUUUCAAAUUCACAGUGUUUUCGCAAAAAAUAGAUACCGGGUAAAUGUUAUUAAUAAAUCUCAAUGAUAAACCUGACGACAGCGUACUUUAGAAAAUGUGAAAUUGUGAUAAUUCUGUAACAAACUUCUUUGCAAACUUUGUCAUUACCAUUCAACCCAAAACUGUCAGUGAUUUUUGCUUUUUCACUCAAACUUAAAAACAAAUGAAAACCUUAUACAGAUCACACUUAUUGACAUCACAGUGUAAAAACACUACUAUAACACAGACCGUUAGCUGUAAUAACACUGAACAAACUUACAACAACACCCUCCUUUCUCAUGCUUUUUGUUGCUUUUCUUCUGCAUGAGUUAAUUCAGACUAAGUAUGAGCCUCCACAGAGGAGGGGGGAGGGGUGUGAGAGGUAAACUAUAUCUAUGCAAUCCCGUGUCCCACUGGGCCCCGGUAAGUUCCACGUAGUGGUUCUAGUUAAACUUAAAUAACCCACUCUGCUGAUUUUGUGAAACAAAGAACUUUAUCAUGAUUCCUUUUGUUUUUGUUUCUGAACAAACGGAAGAAAAUGAUGUUUUUACAAUAACUGAAUCAUUUUAUUCUCGUGCGCUGAUUGGCUAAUUUUUAAUGCAUUUAAAUGCAAGUUAAAGGAGUUAACAACUAGGAGCGCCUGGGUGCCUAGGUCAGCGGUCUUUGGCAUGCGCAUGCCCGGUGGCUGGCUACAUCGAUCAUGUGAUUCUUUGGCGCGUUCAGUUUUACCUUCGUGCUGGGUUCUGGCGGCCAUUUUCUUCGUUUUCCUCGGUGUUUUUUCGUCUCUUCGAGCGGUUCGUCACCGUUGUCGUCGAUUUCGCGAACUUUUCUUUGGUUUUUCCGUCUGUUUCUUCGAAGGUUUGGUCCACAUGCCUCGCAACACGGUGAACAGCAUCUCGGCUUCGCUUGAGCCGUCCGGUCCCGCGUCGUCACCGAGGGAUGAAUCCGCUCCGUCAACCACAUCAAAUUCCACUUCUUCGUCCUCCUUUACCUCGUCGCCCUUUUCGGUCUCAAUCUCAGCGGAGACUCUGACUCAGGCCAUCUCCCAGGCUUUUCAACAGUCGCUAUCUCAGAUGUUGGCGGCCUUUCGGGAGAACAGAGCGCCAAAUUCUACCAGCGGUACGUCAGGCAAUUCCAGCGCGGCCUCCUUCGCGACCAGCAUGCCGUCGACUUAUACAUCGACUUCGACUGCGUGUCGUUCAUCGUCUUUAACAGGUAGCGUGACUGUGCCCUCAUUUCUUUCUACUUAUUCGUCUGUUGGUAUUCCCGUGGUUCCUCGUGCUUCUCAGCUGCCCGUCCCGGCAUUGUCGGCACCAUCCUUGUUCGAUUAUUCAUUGGUACCGUCGACCAGCAGCCCGACCUUGGCGCCUUCGGUCGGAAAAACGUUUGUAGUUGGCCCCGGUUACGCGCCAAUUCCAGGGAAACUGGUGGCCAAAAUAACCAGUGGUGUCUUCGUUGAGCUUGCGGAUCUCCUAGCCGAGAACAUACGUGCCCAAGAGGCCGAGCCUCAUACUUAUUUGGAUGGUAAACUACUUGUUGCCCCUGGCAAAAAAAGGGUGGUAGAGAUAACCGAUAUUCUCACAUGGAUUCAGGCCUUUACCAUUUACCAGUGGAUCUUCUGCAGUACUUACCCUUCUCGCUGGCAGGAUACUACCCAGUAUAAGUUAUUGAUCCUCCAGACGGAUUCUCAGUUUCCUGGACCAGCUUGGUUGAACUACGACGCGGCAUUCAGGAAGGAUGCUGCAGCCUCUAUUCUAGCAGAUUGGUCUAAGAUGAACCUGGAUCUUUACAACUUCCACACUCGUGCGUCCAGCACUGUUACUGGUCAAUCAGCACCUCACUCGACUUCCCUACCCCAUACCUCAGCCUCAUCGAACGUCCCACCCAAGUGUUCCUUUGACCCCAUUCAGUAUUGUCGAUCUUGGAAUGAUGGUGCCUGUCGCUGGUCUCUGGGUCAAUGUCGCUAUCGUCAUGUUUGCGAACGAAUGCGAUGGUCAACACCCCCUUACCAACUGCCCUUUUCGAGCCUACAAGGGGUCUCAGCGUUCCCGAUCCCUCACUCCAUCCGGGGGAAAACGCCGUUGGCGUUAACAACAAGGUUGCCUUGCAGGUGGCAGCCCCCUCUUGUGUAAAUAGUGUUAAUAGUUUGUUGACUGUUCCUCGUUCCACGUUUGCGUUCAUUGGUGUUUAUUCCCAGCAGAAGAUUGGACUGCCCCGAAGUUUUCGUGCUUUCAAUGAUUCCUGCCCGUCUGCAUCGGCUCCCUCGUUGCAUCAGCUGCUGCUUCGUCCCUAUAAAGUUUCCCCCAUAAGAGUGGACAAAUUACGCCAGGAGGUGCUCACACAUCCAGAUCAGUCUUUUGUAAACUAUGUCUUGGAUGGUCUUCAGAAUGGGUUUCGUGUUGGUUUCAACCCUGCUUCGGUCUCCUUAAAAUCAGCCACACAGAAUAUGCCCUCUGCCAGUCUUCAGCCCUCAGUUAUUGACGACUACCUUCACACGGAGUUAGCUAAGGGUCGCGUUGCUGGCCCCUUCUCUUCCCCUCCGUUACUUCACCUUCACAUCAGCCGUUUUGGAGUCAUCCCCAAAAAACACCAGCCAGGCAAAUGGCGCUUGAUUCUGGAUCUCUCUAGUCCCGAUGGUCACAGCGUGAAUGACGGCAUUAGAAAAGACCCUUUCAUGGUUCAAUAUAUGAAAGUAGACGAUAUUAUUGAUGGGAUCAUGUCGCUCGGUCGGGGCACCUUACUUGCAAAGUUUGAUGUGGAAAGUGCCUAUCACAUUCCCAUCCACUCUAAUGAUCGUUAUCUCCUCGGCAUGCAGUGGCAAGGCAAUUACUUUGUGGACAUGGCCUUACCUUUUGGUUUGCGUUCAGCGCCUUACAUUUUCUCUUCAGUCGCAGACCUGGUAGAAUGGGUGCUCAAAACACGGUAUGACGUGAGCUUUCUCCUUCACUAUCUGGACGAUUUUCACACCUUGGGUCCUCCUAAUUCUCAGACCUGCCAACCGAACUUAGACACCUGUAUCCAGCAAUUUCAGGAUUGGGGGAUUCCCCUUCAGCCCGACAAGUUGGAGGGCCCUUUCACUCUCCUGACUGUUCUAGGUAUAGAACUCGACUCUCUCCUAUUGCAGGCGCGCCUCUCGCAAGAAAAAUUUGAUCGUAUCCACACACUCCUGGUCACCUGGUCACUUAAACGCCAUUGCACACGGAAGGAGCUGGAGUCUUUAAUUAGCAAGCUUCAACAUGCAUGCAAAGUCGUCCCUUCUGGUCGCACCUUCCUCUGCCGCAUGAUCAAUCUGCUCUCAGCUUUUCGUAGAGAUGACCAUCCUAUAAGGUUUAAUAGUGAAUUUCGUUUGGAUUUGUCGUGGUGGCUCAAAUUCUUCCAGUCCUGGAAUGGGUACAGUUUUCUGUUGUCUCCUCGUUGGGCUCCCAUUCCCGAUCUCCAUGUCUCCUCUGACGCUGCUGGCUCUGUUGGAUACGGGGCUAUUUUAGGUAGAGACUGGUUCGUGGGGAGAUGGUCUCUGUUACGGCUGCCCUUAUCCAUUGCCUACAAAGAACUUUUUCCGAUCGUUCUGGCAGCUUCCCUGUGGGGUCAUCAGUGGUCUGCAAAGCGGGUGGAAUUUUGUUCUGACAAUACAGCUUUGGUCGAGGUUUUGCGGUCCGGUACCUCACGAGAUUCGAACUUGAUGGUGCUGCUUCGUCACCUCUCCCUGUUGGCGGCCCGGCACUCCUUUGUGUUUACUGCUCGUCACAUUCCUGGGAAAUCAAAUGCCAUAGCUGACGCCAUUUCUCGUUUUGAAUUUCAGCAGUUCCAUCAGCUAGCUCCUUAUGCGUCUCCCACAGCAACGUCGGUACCUCCUUGGGUCUUGGACCAGCUUCCUGUAGUUUAGACCAAAAGUGCCAAUUUUAUCUCUCCAACGGUCUGGCCCCUUCAACCAGACGGGUGUAUCGUUCAGCACAACGUCAGUUCAUCGAUUUCUCUAUGUUAGAUGGCUAUGUCAGUUCAAAUGGUUCGUUGCUGCCCACUAGUGAACAAACCUUGCUGCGUUUUUGUUCCCACCUAGCGGAUCGUUUACAUCACUCUUCAAUAAAGGUUUAUCUCUCGGCGAUACGGUCCUUGCACAUCGAUCAGGGUUUCCCGAUCCCUUGGUGAACUGCCUCCAACUUCAGCGUCUUCUCCGGGGCAUUAAGCCCCAUCAAGGCUCAUCUCUCCCACAACGCCAGCCAGUGACAGCUGACCUCAUGCGAAUUAUCCAGCGUUCCUUGGAUGCCCACAACUCAGAGCACAUCAUGCUAUGGGCUGCCUGUUGCCUAGGUUUCUUUGGAUUCCUAUGGGCAGGGGAGUUUACGGUCAACUGCGCCUUUGACCCAUCCAUCCAUUUAACCGUUCAGGAUUUGCAAGUAGAUGCAGAGGUUAAUCCUUCCAGCCUGCGGGUGCGCAUCAAAAGUUCUAAAACCGACCCAUUUCGCCCGGGAUGUGUUAUAUACCUGGGGCGUGGUCAGGCUCCUCUCUGUCCAAUUUCGGCCAUCCUGGCAUAUUUACAUCGGUGAGGGCCCUUGUCUGGUCCCCUUUUCAUCGACACCCAUAAUCAGCCUUUAACUCGUUCUCGUCUGUCUUCCUUCGUCCAGUCUGUGUUACAGGGAGCGGGAAUCCCUGGGCAGUUUUCAGGCCACAGCUUUCGCAUUGGGGCUGCCACCACGGCCACGCAAUGCAGCAUUCCAGAUCACCUGAUCAAGACCAUGGGCAGGUGGUCCAGUGAUGCAUAUCAACUUUACGUUAGAACCCCAGUGGAUUCAAAUUUUGGAAGUUUCUGGGAGGCUACGUCAGUAACAGGUACCUUAUCAGAAGAGGUAGCGUACACCCUACGUAUAAGUGCCUUCGGGUUUGGCCGUUCGGGGCUCGGCGUCUCCCAGCCAUGAGCCCCUUCUCCAAGCCUUAGCGCCAUGGCUCGAAGGUCCCUUCUGCUUGGUGUGGGGGCUCAUGGCUGGGUUGCGCUGUUGUGCCAGUCAUGGGGGCAUUAUUUCAAUCUAGGGGCUGGCUGCCAACAGUGGAAGCCCUGGAUACUUCAGGCACCCAACCUCCAUUUUAGCGAUGCAGUUGUUAAAUGCGUUUAAAUGCAAUUUAAAGGAGUUAACAACUAAGAGCGCCUGGGUGCCUAGGUCAGCGGUCUUUGGCAUGCGCAUGCCUGGUGGCUGGCUACAUCAAUCAUGUGAUUCUUUUGGCACGUUCAGUUUUACCUUCAUGCUGGGUUCUGGCAGCCAUUUUCUUCCCCUCCCGCCCUCCCCUAGGCUUGUUGGGUUUUCCUCCACUGAUGUCUCCUUUUUCAGUGUGAUGGGUGCCUGUUCCUUUCCGUUGGUGUGGGGCUCAUGGCUGGGUUGCGCUGUUGUGCCAGUCAUGGGGGCAUUAUUUCAAUCUAGGGGCUGGCUGCCAAUAGUGGAAGCCCUGGAUACUUCAGGCACCCAACCUCCAUUUUAGCGAUGCAGUUGUUAAUUAUCAAUAACAGGACAGACACAUAAAAUUUUAAUUUAUGCAAGACACGGUCAUUUGCCGAACCAAUGCCAAACUUCAAUGUUUUUUUUAGUUUAUAGUUGCGUAGAAGAUUCGCUUUCUGUCUACUUAAGAAAAAUAGCCAUGGAUGCAGAUGCAGGGUGUCCAGUUCCUAUUUUUUUUCCUAUUUUUUGAGUCUAUUCCUAUUUUCUCCAAUUUUUAUACUAAAACCUCCUAUUUUUCCUAUUUUUUAGCUGGUGAAGCCAAAAUUUGUAACAAAACUGAAAAUGGAAUUAUAGUUGUGUGUGUUUGAGUGAAAUUUAAUCAUAAAACAAGUAGUAUGUUGACUUUGAUGUGCUAAUAUUAGUAAAAAUGACAGUUAAAUUUGUUCUUUUCAUGACGUCUAUUGCCUAUUGGAGUUCUGUUAACAUUUUUCUUUAUAUUGUUAAUUUUUGUAUAAUUUUCUAGUGCGACUACAUGUAUUGUAUGAAGUGUUAUAGUCCUCAGGACUAUUGAAUAAUUUUGUGUAUAGCCCACUGAAACUGCAUUUCAGUAUCUGUACAUGUUAUAAUUUAUUUUGAAGUCUUGCUCGCUUUUAUGUUCAUCUUUGAAACUGAAACAGGAUCAAGUUGUCCCCUCAAAACACAGGCCAGAUAAAUUAUCGAAUCAGCUUCUUGGUUUAAAAACCAAUCGCUAGCUUAUUCUGGGUGCUACAUGAAAAGAAUAGACUAAAGUUUAGUUUUACGACACCAGCUCUCUUGGUGAGCCCUUGUUAACAGCUAUACCUAAGCAACUGAUGAAAGAUCCAAUAUUUUGGUUGCAAAACCGAUCUUGCAGUCACAGCUAAGCAGACUGUUAUGUUCUUCUUAGAACUUAACCAUGGCACACUUUCAAUCUGGUUCCAAAUAGAUCAGUGUCAUUUUGCAUACACUGCAGAAAGCCCAGUUCCGUACUUAAAAUUUAAUGCGUUCUUUUCUCAAACAAGUAUCUUCUCAACCAGCUACUGAUUGCAGAUUAAUGAAAGGAAAGCUUUCCAUAGGACUUUUAAGUCCUAGUUCGAUAUCCUUCAAUGACAACUCAGUCGUAAGGAAUUUCUGUCCUAAGAAAUUUCACUCUUCAAGGCUUUUCAAAGAUUUGCCGUCAACUAGUAGGGAAUUUUCAUAUGAUCACCUUUGAUAAUAGAACCACGCUCGACCUGAGUGUGUAAAGCAUAUCACUCUGAUUACAGCGUAACUGAGCCAGUAAACUAAAUGUUACUGAUCAUUUUCACUCCUUCUUAGCCGCGAAAGUUGAUCUAAAUCCUGCAAACAUAGAAUCUGAGGACUCGUAGCCUUUAUUAUAACCCUGAUGGGGUGCAGGAGGCUAUCUUUGUCGACAAAGGUACCAUUGAUUUUCCUAUUUUUUAAUACAAACGUUUCCUUUUUUUUCCUAUUUUCUCAAUCCUGAGUUUCCUAUUUUCCUAUUUUUUUGAGCAACUAUGCCACUGCAUGGACACCCUGCAGAUGGCUCUCAGAUGCAAGACUUGCAGAGGAAACUGAUGAACAAAAAUGCUUUAAGUAAAAUUCCAGAAGUGAAGACGACUUGCUAUAAAUUGUACUGCUUCAAAACUGCGCUGGAUUCAGAUAAGCUUUUACUUCAUACAUGGUUUUAAAGUCAAAAAUAGCAAGAAAACAAUUUUGCAAGUCUAAGUUUAUUCAAAAUAAUGUAUCGGUCAAAUCAGAGUCUUCCAGGGGGUGGGGAAUUUGAUCCCCAUGCUUUAGGGGUGGGGAAUUUGAACUGCACCCUCGAUUUCAUGUAAAAUCUUUGGCAUGGCGAGCUAUCAUGGGGGACUUGGUGUUAGAGGAUUUUCGUGGAAAAGAUUGUGCCUUUGUGGCCGAUUGGUUGCUAGGAAAGGGCUUAAACAAACUUUUUGCCAUAUUUGAAGUAUUCAAAUUUUAAAAUUUUUAAUAUUGGAUUCAGGCUUUGAAUGUAUGAAUGUAUUUUAUUGUUGUGUUUUACAAUGAAAUACAAUACCUAUAUCGGCGAUUCAAUACAACAACAUAAAAUAAAAUAAAAUGAAAAGCUCAGGCCACUUUGACCUACCGCAAGUAUGUUAAUUUAUAAGGUGAACGAUGAUGCAUGUCAGUGAAAUGGUCAUGAUGUAGUAAUCUCAAUAGGUGGGAUCUUUUUUUAUAGAACGCUUUGUAUGUUUCAUGACGAAGAAAAGCUGAGCAUUCAGUGAUCUUGUAGUAGCGAUUUCCGCCGCUUUGCCGAGGCUUUUGUUCGUAGUAAAUACGCUAACAGUGUUUCUCAGUUUUUGUUAUAUUUAUAAAUAUUUUGUUCGACAACUGAAGGUGUUUCUGCCGUCCGUUUGUCAUUUUUGUGCCUGUGAAAUGUCCCCGGGGUGGGGGCAUUUGAUCACCUGAAUGGACCCUAGUGUGGGGCAUUUGAAUGGCAUUUUGGCCCCGGGUAGGGGGGAAUUUGAACAAUAAUUUUCAAAAAAGUCAAAUGCCCAGGGGGUUGUCCAGGGGGGGGGCAUGUUGAAGCUUCAAUUUGACCGAUACAUAAAGACAUUGAUUGCAAUGGUUUUCUUUUGACAAGUACUGGGUGUUUUUCAGAUUCUUUUUACCGAAAGGAAAACAAACUUUUUGUUUGUUUGUUUGUUUGUUUUAUCAUAUAAAUAAGAGGACAAACAAAUUUAGUGAAACUUUACAAGCACAGUUAAAUUGAAGACUACAUGCAUUUGUAUAACCCCCCUUUCAGUUUGAAUGAACGCACUUCAUGUAGCUGAAUGCUGUUCAUGAAUGGAAGUAAACAACAGUAACAUAAUAUGAUUUCUGUUCGUACUUUUCGGUAAGCAACUUUUCAAAACUGCUUGGCUAGUUACUCUCACCAGACAGCGCCGCUGUACAUCGCUUCCAUGACUUGUUUGGUUAUCUUAAGGGCUCCAAAAUCUUUCCUUGGCAUAAUUUUUAACCUGGGGCUAGUUUAUGACUUUAUAAUACCCUAAAAAUGCCCCCAUUUUUAUAGACAUUAAACAUCGCUGACUUUAUUUUUGUUCUGAAUAGAAGUUUGGAAAACAGUAAAUUCCUAAUUUAUGCAGGGCAGUGGAGUGAUUCAACCUGUCAAAUUUUUAACCAGUGAAACUCUGUUGUCUGUCUUCAGUAGCCAAUCAUCAAGCGAGAAAAGUCAUUGACAAUAACAUUGUGCUAGUUUAAAAAAGUCAUGCAUUUUGUUGUGUUUUCUUCAUUUUUACCAGCAAAUUUGACAUUUCCGAGCUUUUGUUAUUGUAAAAAACAAAUUGAGGCCAGUGUUUUUAUGUGUCUUUCCUGCUCUGACACAUCACGUCAUUUUAUCAUCGAUAAGAGGACAGACACAGAAACUGGCGUCAAUUUGUUAAAUUGACUGAGUUGACUAUAUAUAUUAAGAAUAGGCAAUUUCAAUUUCAGGCUGAUUAAUGUCAGUUUGUGUCCUUUUAUACAAAUUUCCACACUUCAAUAUUUAAUUUAGAUUAUUAUUAAUUAAUUAAUUUUUUUGAAGCCCUGUUAGAUUGGGUUACUAUUUUACAGUCUUGCAUGCGGUUUAGGGGUUGGUGUAAAAUUUGAGUUUUUCAUAGAGGGGGUCAGGUGUGAGGAGGCAGGAUUACAUUGCAGGUCACUGGUCACAGGUGACAGUACAAGCAACACAAUUUGGUGUCAUUUUUAUUGUAUCAAAACUACUGUUACUUAAAGUUACUAAAGGAUUAAGAAGUAACAACUGAUACAUGUAACAUUUUAAUACAGACUUGGUAAUAUUAAGCUGCAGUUUUGUCAGCAUUAUAGCAGGUCACUGUCGUUAAGAGCCGGGGGAAGGGAAUUUCCCCCAUCUACCAUGAAAGUGGUCCCUGGCUACUUUCAUAGGAAAAAAGAAGAAAAAUAGAACCAAAAGAAAUCCCUAGCUGUUUGAUUCCCCACCUACUUGUUGUAUUUAUCCUGUAUUAAUCUCGAAAUCUUAGUGAAAUCCCUGAUUAUAAGUGUGACAAAUAUGCUUACCAGCAUUUUAAGUGAAGUGUGUGUACAUUUAAACUGCUCGGACGAAUAAACAGUAGAAAUAACACACAUUAUUUUUAACAUUUUAUUUUUAGUUAUCAGAUUUUGAAAACGUUAUCCUAGCCAAGUUCAUACGACUGUUGAUCCUCUCUGAAUCACCAAUCUGUGCACUGAUAAAAUGUGGAAAUAAAGUCGGCAAAUUUAGAUUUCAGGUAAUUUAUUCUUGUUUUUUACUGCUCUUUCAUUAUUGAUAUGGCCAUGGGUGGUUAAGUCUUUGGAGCAAUAGAUAUUAUUCAAUCUUUUGGGGUUUCCUGCUUUCAUUUGCUUGUUCCUUGGCAAAUUCAGGAUACAAAGGGAUAUUUAGUCCAGCAGAUAUUUUCCAAAUAGCAGUUGUCAUUUCUUGAGUUGUAUUUUUGCUCGUCUUGAUUUUUAUGCAGAAGUUCGUAAGGUAUCUCUGCCUCACAAAAUCAAUAGUUCUGCCAUUUUAAGCUCCAUCCUCUGGAAACAACUGAGCUAAAAACAAACUCAUCCCCAGGGCUUUCUCAGUUACUGUCAUUUUUUCUGGCAAUAGCUUUUGUACUAUUGAUGUCAUUUACCUGGAUAUUGCAAACAUCUUCCAAAUUUGGUCAGUGCUAGCUGGUUAUCAAGAAUUUGCCUAGGGAUUUGAGCUAAUCAGAAAUUGAGAAUUGCCAAUUUUUUUUUUUCAGUUAAUUGUUUAUCCAGGUGAAAGGCUUUAUGACAAUUAACUGUGGAGAGAGAGAAAAAUAGAACAAAUGCCGGACUGCCCAAAGCUAAUUCACCAUCAGACAGAAGAAUACUGAGGGAAAUGCAGUGUAUUUUUUAUACUGGGCUAGAACUGUCGAUUGUUUUGUUUUCUAAUUAAUUUGAAUUGACUGACAGAUUGGAUAGAUGGUGGACUAAAGUGGAGAAAUACAGUACUGGAGCAAUGAUCAAAGACAAUGUCAGCGGGUAAGUUGGGGAUUUCAUUUGAUAUAAUUAUAGAUAUUUAGCACACUUGUAUUAAGUAAUUAUUAUUAAAUAAUUUCGUAAAAAGUAAAAUUCUUGAAUUUUGGAUAAGAUAAUUGCCUGGGUGAAAAUUAACGCAAGAGCUCGCAGACUAAUGCUGCAGCAUCUCUGAGAUUUCUGACAGUAACUCAUGAGAACUGAAAUGAUGUGAAUGAUCAAGCCCACUGUUUGGCAUUAUGGACACAGACAUUACUACUUUCUGUCUAAAAACUGUAUUUCCAGGGAUAUCAGCUAGCCUAAAACUCUUUUAUAGAAAACAUCGGGCCAAACUCAAAGCAAUCUCCCCUCCAUAAACCUUGUCAUCAUGUCCUGAGGGUGAUAAUAACAAUAGCUUGUCCCAGGCAUGAUAAAUCUGAGAACAGCAUGAGAGGAAAACAGAGGGAAGGAAGGGGUGGGAAGGGGGCUCAGCUCCACUCCCCAUUAUCUGAUAUCUAAGAACAGGAUAUGAUUACAGUCAGUCAAGUGUAUCUAACAAACUAUUAACAAACGUGAGGUUAAGUCAACAGAGGAGAAGGGGGUGGGGUGGGGCUCAGUUCCAUUCCCCAAUGACUGAUAUCUAGGAACAGGAUAUGAUUACAGUCAGUCAAGUGUCAUUUCAAACAAAGUAUUAACAUACGUGAUCAGAUAUUUAUCUAAUUUAUAGGAAGCAGAAUUUUCAGCCAUUUGCAGUAACACACCAUUCCUUUUCAAAGCUUUUUGUAUAACAGAAAAGAGGAUAAUUUACUUAAGAAAAAUUUUGCACAAACUCUUUCAUUUUUUUUUCAUAAUAAAUCUGAACAGUCAAUUAAAAAAUCAUUUUUAUUAUAGUACUUACUCCAGUUAACAGGUCACAGUAACGUUAACCAUUUCUGCCUCUCCUUGAAAUUGAGUCUUGAUUAGUCAUUAGUCAUUUAUUCAUGACUAAAACGCUUUUCAUUCACGUGCAAAUUAUUUAACACAUCUUUAUGUAAAAAGAUGUGCACUGAACACUCGUUUUCAUAAAGAGGAUAAGGAAAAUAGGCUAAUGUACUGCAAGAGAAAUGUAGAAAAUUUAAUGUUGCUUUUAAGCCAGAUCUCCUUAUGAAUAUUAAUUUCUCUUCAGAAUAGGAUAGUAACAAAAACAAUUUUCCAUUGUUUUUCUUCCCCCUGCAGGAAUAUGUAGUGAACAUUUUCAUGGCUGCCGCAGCACCAUCACCGCUGGCCAGUUCUGUGGAGAAGACAAAUGGAGCCAAGCUCAGCAGGCUUCUCAUCGACGGUGGAACAACAGUUCUUAGGAAGAUUUUUGAUGGCCAUUAUCCUCCUGCAAACUUGAUUAUUGACUUAAAUGCCAAUUACCCCAUCCUUAACAAUCUCUUAAGUCGUCGAGUUCUAAAUGGCCAUCAGUGGGACAAACUAUUUCCACCUGGUGGAGUCCCUCCAGACUCCAACACCUUUGACAUCACUCUUUUGUUUCUCCUUCUGACUAAGAUUUGUGGACUAACCCCUCCCCCCUCAGGAUGGCAUACUAAACCACCCUCAAGUGACACGUCUCAUGAGGCUAACCUUGCACGGGUUAAGUUCUAUCGCAAUAUCUUGUAUGGUCAUGUGACAACCACUGGUGUUGAUACACCAACUUUCUCUGUUCUGUGGACUGAAAUUAGUGGUGUUCUUGUGAGUCUUGGUCUUGAUCAGGCGGAAGUUGAUAGGUUGAAGGCAGAGAAAGGUGGAGAGCAAGAUUAUAUUGACGUGUUGAUUGAAUGGGCUGUUAGGGAAGAGGAUAUCAAGUUACAGCUGGAGAAUAAUCGUCAGGCCCAAGCCAAGACACAACAAAGCGUUGAAGAACUGGGUCUAAGCUUGAAAGGAGUUAAGGUAGGUGUCGAGGAAAUAAGCGAAAAAUUGGAUAGUUUAAAAGGCGAAAAAGACAAGACCAAGUCAGAAGAGGUCCUUCAAAAACUUGCUAAGUCGGAAUUCAGGGAGAUAUUGAGUAUCACUUACAAAGAUUUCAAGACGGCACCCGUGAGUGGGUCUUUGACAGAGUUCAGAACUGGCUGAAUGACAGAAGCUCUCAAAACCGCGUGAUGGUGAUCAGUGGAAAUGCAGGAAUGGGAAAAUCAGUCAUUGCAGCUGUGAUUUGCAACAGAAUGCAACAAGCUGGCAGGCUAUCAGGAAGCCAUUUUUGUCAGUAUAACAAUGUACGCUACUGUAAGCCUCAGUUGAUGAUUCAGUCAUUAGCUUGUCACUUGUCCCAUGCCCUGCCAGAGUACAAGCGAGCUCUCGGGGAACAGCUGUCAAGAAAUCUGGGUACAGAUCUCAACAACAUGGUGUGGAGGAGUUAUUUGCGUUGCUUUUCAAGGAACCUCUUAGUGCUGUAGGGGAUCUAGGAAGAAACAUGCUCAUGGUGAUAGAUGGCUUGGAUGAAAGCGAAUAUCAAGGACAGAGUGAGCUUCUUAAUGUGAUUGCAAAUCAGUUUUGUAAGCUUCCUAUUUGGAUUCGUUUUCUUGUCACGACGCGUCCUGCCUUAAACAUUGCAGAGAGACUGAAACAUUUGAAGCCACUUGAACUGCAGCCUGAUGGUGAAGACAAUCUUGAGGAUGUCAGAGUAUUUUGUCUGAAAAGGCUGGAACAUGUUGUCAAACCAGCGAAUGUGGGCGAGUUAGUGGAACGACUAGUUUUGAAAUCUGAAGGACUGAUGUUGUACGCCCAUUUUCUCAUUUUGUCGACUACUGAAAGUGCAUCAAUUUCCCACGAGAGGGAACUUGUCGGCAGUUCACCCUUAGGAAUUUUUGCCGUGUAUCAUUCCUAUUUUAAACGUUUGGAACGUGAACUCAUAAAUGAACAUAACAUCAGGGAAGAACAUUUCCUGAAUCUGUUGUCUUCCAUUACCGCUUCAAGGGAACCCCUGCCAGUGGGUUUUGUUUCUAAAGUAUUAGUAUCAAGUUCUAAUUCACCACUAACAAAGCGUAAAGUACACAGCGCCUUAGGCAGUGUGUCUGCACUUCUUCCUAUCCGUGACGAUUGUCUUCACGUCAUCCACAAGUCAGUUAAAGACUGGUUAACUGACAUUUCAUGUUAUGGGGAGCAUGAAUUCAUCAUGGAUGAAAACGAGGGUCAUCGCUUACUUGCGGACCUGUGCAUUGAAGAACUUGAAAAUCUGAAGCUUAAAGGUGUCGAUAACCUUCAGUUUGGCGCCACUGAGAGGUACGCUUUGUAUCAUGGUGCACAUCACAUGCUACACGAAGGCGUCAAGAGAGAGCCACAUAAACUGGACGAACUGACUAAAGCCUACAUUAUUGAUUUAGAGGUAGUGUAUGCCAAGACCUUCGUGAACAGCACAAUAGCGGCUGACGACCUUUUGUGGCUUAACGAGCAGGGGAUUUUUACAUUGUUAUCAAAAGAUAACCAAAGUAUUGUGGACACCUUGUUGUUUGUAUUGAGGAAGAACAUCCGUUUGCUUACAGAUAACCCUCGUACGUUUCUUCAAACCAUACUUAACCAAGGAGGAAAAGUGUUGACUGUUGAAGCGUCGAAUCUUUUGCGAAAUAAGUAUCCUGAAAUACCAUAUAUGGAGGUUGUUCAUAAGGAGACGCAGCAGGGAGGUGUUUUAGCGCGAUUUGAGUGUCUAUCUGUUGUGAUCUGUUUGGACGUCUCUCCACAGUUGGAUUAUCUGGUGUGUGAAUGUGAUGACGGAAUACUGCAGCUGUGGUCACUCCAGACUGGCAGGCUAGUGUGGACACGUCCAGUCUUAGUAGAGAAGAGUUCCAUGAGGAGCUGGUUGGGCCACAAGAGUAGAAAAUUACCUUCAGUCAACGCGUUGUCAUUUUUCCGCUCAGUUGUUUUUCACCCUACAAAGGAAUGUAUUUUACCUGGGAUUCUAAGUCAGGCCUAUACUAUGGACGGAAACUUGAAACCACUCUUUCUCGGAAGUAACUGUAGAUUCUCAGUUUGCUCUAUUUCCGGCGACAAGGCCAAGAUUCUAACUAAUUGUCUUGAGAGUUCUAAAGGCCUUGUCAUGUGGAGUUUGGAAAAUGGCUCAGAGGUUGAUCGAAUCCUCGUAAAUGAAGACAUUUUAUCUUUUGCAUGGUCUGGUGAUGGAAGGUUUCUUGUAAUCUCACAUUCUUCGGGAGUGAUUAGUUUGUAUGAUGUGAUGUGUAACUUCAGAAAACUAACACAAAUGGCUACCCCAGAAGUAUGGGGCGUGGUAAAGUUUUCACCUGAUUAUCGAUUCAUUUUUGGUUACGCUGUGAAAAAUUACGACAUAUACAAAUACUCCUUUUUUUGUCUCGAGGUUGUAAAGGAAGCAAACAACACGUUUUCCUUAACGAUUGUGUCUGGUGAUUCUGAGGCUUUUGAAUCUUUUAAUGAUUGUGGGUUUUUAUUUGGCGAUCUCAUUUCCACAAAAGGUCCUAAGUUUGGAUUGACGUUUGCUCUGGACAAGCAACGUCUGCUACGUUCCUCUUUGAAAGCAAUAGAAAUGGUGGAUAGCAAAUACGAAAACAGAAACGAUCAGAAACGAUCAAGGCGUGCUACUUCAGCUUCUGGGAUAGCACUCAGUUUGGAUGAUCAGACCGUGUUUGUUGCGAGGGUCGCAUCAUCAGUCACUGCUUAUGACGUGUCGAGUGGGAAGCUUAAAGCUGAGAUAAACUGCUGGCCUUUACCGUACCGUCCUUUGUGUCCUGUUAGUGGUGGGGUCCUAAUCUUAACGAAUAAAACCACUGUUGAGUUGUGGAGUGGUAACCUCGCUGAACGAAUCAAAAGGUGGACCAACUUGCCUGGAGUCAAACAACUGAUCCCUAUAUCAGAGAAACGAGUAGCAGUCGUAGGAGACGUUGAUGUGAAAGUCCUAGAUACAAGCAGUGGAAUAGUUGUAUCAACAAUCCCAGUUUUACAAGGAAGAGUUCUUACCUGUAACAGUAAAUGUCAGCUGUUAAGUGAUACCACAUUUGAAGGUUCCUGUCCUUGGUCUCUUCAGCUUUUGGAUGGCGAAACAGUCGUUUGGAGAAAGAAAGACAUUGGAAGGUUCUCUGUCUCUCAUGAUUUUAAUAAGGCUGUGGCUUUCUCACCUAUGGAACAGUUCCUUGUUGUUGGCACGACUGACGGCCUCUUAGUCUUGGAUGCCGAAACAGGAAACACGCUCCGUACUUUAGGUCUUUCAUUUUCCCUUUUUCUUCAUUGCACGUUUAUCAGUGACGACACAUGUGUUAUUUCUGCUCGUGAUUUAACUGUUCAGAUGUUUAACGUCAAAUCUGGUGAACUUCUAACUGGAAUUGAUGUGGAAAGUGACGUGAACUGUUUAGCAGCCUGUCCCUUCAAUCGUGUUCUCGCCAUCGGCCUGAAGGACUCCACACCUAAUUUCAAAGUUAUCAGGGUGCAUUUGCCGCGGGGCGAAGGCGAUGGAAACAUGGAAAGGUAAACUGACAGUAUUUGAGUGAGAAUGUUUUUUUUUGCUUGAAGGCUUGCCCUAAAUGUUAGUGAUUUAUCUCCUUUUUUGUCCAUAUCUUUACGGUGGAUUCAUUUGCAGCAUACCCGUAUAACCAGGCUAUUUGCUCGUGAGAAGUUUUGUUUUAAUGGGCAAAUGCGUUGGUUAUACGCAUAUGCUGUAAAUGAAUUUGCCCUCUGAAUGAUGACCAACGCAGAUGUAACGAUACCUUAUUUCUUAUUUUUUUAGCGGUCACUCUGGAACCACAUUGUACAAAGAGGAGAGAUUAGAUCCACCAGAGCAAGUAUGUUUCCGCGUAGGUUAUGAUAUAAACUAUGUAGAAACAUUUAAAUAUGGAUAUGAAUGUUUAAUAGAUUCAAAUCGCACUAAGAACAAAUGUUUCUUUUUAGCUAUGGGGAAGUCUGGUAAAAUAUUCAACUUUUUAAUUGACUUUAAAAUAUGUCAUGAAUCAAUAAAUAUUCUACAACUAUCCCCUGAAGGGGAGGUGAAUAGCGGUGGGUAUAUAUCGGGACGCGAAGUGUCGAGGUAUAUAUCUAGCGCUGCUCACCGACCCUGAGGGGGGACAGUUGUUUUAGUAUUUACGGAAUCGGUUGGAUAAAAAAAUGAAAAAAGUACCUUUUUGUAAACUAAAAAUGUCACUGAAUAGGAAAUUCUUUUAUAAUUUACAAACAUUCUGGGAAUUUUUUUCAAGUGCAUUUUUACAAUUUUGUUGCGAAUUCAGCAUGAGAACAAUUUUCUACCUAUACCAGUAGACACUGACAAGGCAAAGUUAGUCGCUUUCUUGUUAUUUGUUUGUACGACUGCUUCAUUUAUCGCUCAAAUUUCGUGCUCCGAAAAUGUCUCGAAGCGAGACGCCAUCUUGGCUCCGGUCACAAAACAGUGAAUAACCAAUAGUCAAGGAUAUUCCGAGUUACGGGAGCCAGAUUUGGUAAAUACUAAAAUUAAAAUCAAUUUUUAGUUAUAAUAUUGGACAAAACGACCAUGGUCAAGGAAGAUCGAUUAGCCUUCAUCAGAAAGCGUUUCCAGGCGAGUUACUGAGUUGGAGGGAAAGCAAAAGAAAUGCAAGAUCGAAGGGUGAACGAGGAGGAGGGGAGGAAACGCUUGCCCGAAAAUCUCGCGAUUCUGGAAAACGCCCCUUGAUAUUUCACGGUUUGGUUCAUUUGUAAAUUGACAGUUUGUCAACUUAUAGCAGCUAGUAACGUGAAUAACAGACAGAGUAGAUUCACACAAAACGUGGGAACAAAUUUGGGUCUAAUACAGGGUGUCCGCUUAAUGUACUUGAGCCUAAUACGGGUUACAUUUAUUCCAGAAUAACCAACAAGCCAAUAAAAUAGAAGGACAACAGCAAUCUGAAAAUGUGCAAGAGGUAAUUAAGGAUAGUAACUAGCAGUCACUGAAUAUGGCUGAGAACGAGACGAAAAAUAAUACACUUAAAAGCAUGCUUACUUCGAUCGAUGUCAUCAUAACUAGGAGGGAAGAAUCCAAAAUGCACGAUAGAGCGAGAUAUAGUCUAGCACAUAUUCGGCCUCAAAUAACAGUUAUCAUCAGUGCUAUUUUUAGUGUGCUUGUUACGUUUUAGGAAAUAGUGUGACUAUCUUUUUUUUUGCAAAACAAAUCAACUUCACCACGCCUUCUGUUAUCCUUUUUCAGAACAAUUAUCCGUGAGAGUGCCUUAUGUUUUACGAUUUCGGAAAUAGCGCUGGGAUUUAGGCCAAUGCGAAACGGAAAAAUAUUUGAACGAAUAAUUAACAAUUAAUGAAUGAGGCUGAGUAUCUUAUGAAGAAUUAUGGAGAUCGGGGAGCGUGUUAUCCGUCGAGGCCGUUGGCCGAGGCGGAUAACACUGUCCGAGAUCCUCAUAAUUCUUCAUAUGAUACGAAAGCCGAAUUCAAUAACUGUUUUAUUAUUCAUUCAAUUAAUUCCUAGUUUAAAAACAUGGCUGAAACAUGCUUACCUCCAUCGAUCCAUCGAUGUUAAUUUCAUCUUCGAUAGUGCACGUUUAGGUUUGUCCAGCUCCGCAAAUAUUCUCCAAAUAGCAGAUGCCGCCCUUCGAGUUGUCUUCUUGCUGUUCUUGCCAUGUUUUUAGCUAUUUUUUCGCCUAGUUCUUACUCUUGAAACAAGUGAAAUGUCCGCCAUUUUUCAAGUUCACCACCAAAACAAUAACUCAACCUCGUUCCCAGGUCUUCUCGGUUAACGGUGCCUUAACCUGCGAAAACACUGCAUUUUUUACAUCAUUUCCUCGUUAAACACAAAAUUCUUCCAAAUUUGGUAAUCAGUAACUGGUUAUGGUGAAUUAAACGUGUGGUUUUAGCCAAUCAGAAUCGGGAAAAUAUUUUGAAUGAAUAAUGAUUAGCAGUUAUUGGAUGAGGCCAAGUAUGAUAUGGAGAAUUUUGCAGAUCGAAGUGUUUGUUAUGCGCCUCAUCGGCAUUAGUGUUCACAUUCAUAUGAAAGCGAGCUGAAGCCAUUGGUUUUUUGUUACCUUUUUUUCUUUCAGUAUGUUUUAAACUUGAAAACAUGCUUACCUCGAUCUAUGUAAAGCUUACGUCUUCAUAACAAUUGCCCGUUUUUUGGCAGUUAUAAGAUAUGAAGGGGUAUUUAUUUUAAAAUAUUAAUUAGCAUCUUUCUUGUUUUGACGUGGAGAAUCUUCCGCUAUUUUCCCGAGCUAUGACAAACACAGCUUAGCUACCUCGCCUUCUGCUGAUCCUUACUCGGGUAGCCUCACGAGUGAGCAAGGUUAAAAGGGAAACAGGCAAGAUCUUAUCCAAUCAGAAUUGGCCACUUUGUGCGUGCAGAAACAAAAGAAAUUCCUUUAACCAUAUUACAGUUCGUACAGUCUCUGUGUGAUCUGUUUAAAUUUUGAUUUUUUAACAGAAUGUAUGGCGAUGUAGAAAGUAUCUCAUAACUUGUAGUGAAACGAUUCGAAAAAAAGUUGCUUACACUUUGUGUGUUGCGUAAACUAGUGCUAUUUCCUUCUGGAGUCCAGGGCACUUGGAGCUGAAAACCCAUGUAUUCCAUAAAAAUGGUCCAAAAUCGCCAAAAUGGUCUGCAUCAGACUUGCCUGUUACCUUAAAAUAUAGCAGAGCACUUGCAUUGUGACACCCGUUGUGUAAUCAGAUUUCGGCAUGUUAUAUGGUAUAUUUCUUGUCCAAAGCAGAAAAAAGUAAUUCGUUAGCUCUAACUGAUUGCGUGAAUACUUUUUUUUAGGCAAGCAGGAAUUCUCAAGUUGAGAAAAAAAGCCGGUGAGUCUUCUAGUAAAUGGUUUUUUGUUGUUUUUUCUUUGUUUCCCUCGCCUGAAUUCAGCUGUGUUCGUUGGGUUGGAAAAUGUUUAAUGAAAAAUCGAUUGAGCUCCUCAAGCUCUUUUUACCUUCUAGUUCUCAUUAUUGCAAGGCUAUGUCUUUAAUAUCCCUACAGUUGAAUUGUUUAACUGUUCCAGCUUUUUGUUAUGAUGCAGAUGUAGGUGCGAUAGUUUCUUCCAAAGUUCAUGUGUAUUAUCUACGAUUAUGCUUCUUUCAUUUUCAGCUGUGUACUUGUUUGAUGACAGCAAAGGAAGAUAGUUCAGUCCGUUUGAACCUGCACGACAGUUUCUCUGCGGCUUCCAAAUUAUAAUCAAUUAGUGCAAAUUAUUAGCUAGGUUUUCGUAGAUUAACAAAAUGUUUUUAAAUAACGUUCUAUGUAACUGAGAAUGAGACAUAUAUAUCAAAAUUGAAAUAUGUCUUAUGCCAAUUACAUUUUGCUCAGAUUUUACAGGGGUAGGGUGAAAAAACAUUGUUUCCCACUUUUCAAUUAACUCGAGGUGAACGUAUGAAUUUCUUCUUUAGAGAGUUAAGAGGUGAAUUAUUUUAGAUAGUACUAUACUAAUUGAAAUAAAAUAAAAAGUCAUCUAUUACACUAGAAGCUAGGCCAAUAUAAAAAAGUUGUUUUUAACGAGUGUCUUUGAAUUUGAAGUAGCCACUCACUUAGUUUUUUUAGCCAAAAUAAUUUAAAAGUUUAAUAAGAAAGUUAUCAUGCAGUUAGUCAUUUGCACGUAGUAGUCUGGGACCGCAUAAAACGAAGCUCUCACUCUGUGAGUAACUGGGACUUAGUAUGACUUCAGUAUCACGUGUUUUCGUUUUGGGAAAUUCGCAGCCCCCAAGAACUUUCUUGCUUGCUCGAACAUUCUGAAUGUUUUCUGAUGUGGUCUCAGAUUGUUAUUCUGAGAAGCGGAUGUAUUGCUAGUCUGACAGUUUUGAAUUAUAAUCUUAAAGAUCAUCUGAAAAAAGUCUUCGACUGUGUCCGUUAUAUUCACACCCCUUUAUAAACAGGAACACACAGAACAAUGAUAAAACGUAGGAAUAAUGAUGCAGUGAAAUUACUGUUGCGUCACAGUAUUUUUUUUUGUCAAAAGUGAUUUAGACCAAUGAUUGGUUAAAAAAAAAACACUUUGUGCACCACACUGAACAAAGGUGCUCAUAAAUUACAUAGGUUUCAACAGUUUUUUUAGAUAAAGAAGCAUCAAGUUUAAUGGACAGAUUAUAUUAUCAACUAAUUUUAAAUUUGCGUUUUAAAGGAAGGGGAACCAAUUUUUUUAAGAUUAAUAUUUUCAUGUAAAAAAAAAAAUGAAAGGACUCCUGAAAGGAUAUUUCAGAAAUGUAUUUCAAACAAUUUUUCCGGGAGGAUUACAUAGAUGUGUGUAAUAAAAAAAAGUUAAUUGGAUUCGCAUUCAGUCCGGGCCAUAGCCAUUUCUGGAUACUCUAUGACGUCAUCAAAAAGGGCUUCUGGUGCCGAAAUUGAGGAAACUCGUUUACUACUCUUCUUUGAGCUGUAGCAGAUUUAGUCCUCAGUUAUAUUCCAUGAAACCUUGCGAAAUUAAAGGCGAAGAGUGACGAAAUACAACAAGCGAUCGAUAGGUGAUAGCUUCGGUUGUGAUUGGCCAGAAAUUCUGUGGAAAAAUCGAGGAAAGAGGCCGUUAGAGGGCUUUCUGGGAGGGUACUGAUUGAGUAGCAUUUUUUUGGUUCCUACAAAAAAUAUUUUCAAAAACUACAAUACCUGGUUAUGGCCCGGACUGACAUUUGUAGAAUAACAUUCAAAAGAGGAUAAUCCCGUAAGUAAAUUAGUUAAGAAAAAAAAUAGGAGUGUAAAUUAUAGGAAUAAAUGUGACUUUUUUUUAUUUUGCAAAAGACUUAUUUCCUUUUUAAUGUCUUCAAUGCAUUCAGCAAACUGUUGUCAGCCUGCAUCGCAGACGUAAUUUAACCUCGGUUAGUAACCAUGGUAACGUCUGCGAAGCAGCGGCGAUAUCCUUGUCCUGGGAACCCAACGGACUCAACGAAUUACCGGAAGUGCGUUUUGAAUUUCUUUUCAUCCUGAUUGGCAAAUCGACAAUGGCCUUUUUAACAGGCCAAUUAUGACGCGUACUCAAAUUCUGGUGCACGAGUGGGGGCCAAGAAUAAGGAUUCCAGCGCUGUUUCGCAGACGGAGUUAACUAGAAGUUUAGUUUCGUUUGUGGUGCAGGCUAACUGCUGUCUACGUUCAAGCUUCUGAUUCAGCCGCACGCCUGUACCAUGUGAUUGUUUCUGCGGGGCUGGCUACUGAUCAAAUCCCCCCUUGCCUCCUCUACCUGAGGUGUUAGCUUUUCCGCCGCGACGAAUAUCACUCCCACCGAGUUGGCUCGCGUGAUAAUACGACUUUCCAACGAUUAUUUGCAUUUUCUUUACCCCGAGAAUCCCGAAUUACCGUCUUCGCAGCGACGCUAAGGGAAAAAUAAAUACUUCCGAAACCAAAACCCGACAACCUGAGGCGAAGACAAGUCUUAGUUACUACAAUGGCGAUGACCAGCGCCCUUUGUUCUUGUGGAAAUACGAACUUUAAAUUCCAUACAUCACUUUAAAAGAACUAUUGAUAGAAGGUUUUCUACCCUAUUCCAGGCUCCAAGAUAGUGCUGUGCACAGAUCGUGACUUCGAAAAACGCGUGGGGGCUCUUUAUAUUUUUGCUUGGCUUGUUUUCGCUACGUUCCCACUAUCUCUGAGCCUGACACAGGCAAAAGAUUUUCUGGAAAUAAGCACACCCUUCACUGGCACAAGGCAAAAAUAUGUAAAUCAGUAGAAAAGAAUUUUUGUCUUUCAUCCAGUCACUCACUGACAUGAGACAAAUGUUUAAUAUGAUAUAUCGCUGACCAUCAUUCGGCGGCCCGCAAAAUACCCUGGGACUGAGAGUCAGCGGAGAGACGUCGGCUAUUUUUAGCCUAGUCCCUGGGCGUUCUCUCUUGCCCUGUUUUCCGCGCGAAGUCUGGGAAAAGGCGGGCGAGAGAGUCUCUCUCGGUGACGUCACAUCUCACGAGCAGAGAACGCCUGGGGCUGAGGCUGGGCUAUUUUUCUACGGAUCCGUGUCUAUUGUUGCUGUUGUCGGUGCUGCUAUUGUUGGUGAUGUGUGCUCUCCUAUUGAGGGCGAGCUAAGUCCCAAGGUAGGUUAGUCACACGAGUGGUUAGUGUACAAAAGCUAAUUGGCUUUUUUGCUCUUGAAUUAGCAAAUUCACUUCCGCUUUUGAUUGCAACAAUUCGUGUAGUUGAUCACCCUUUAAAUAAUCCAAAUAUAUUUACGAAUUUGAGUUUCCUGCAUGUAAUCAUCCUCGAAUAUAGUUUAUUUGAAACCGGCAAUGUCACCUAAAAACGUGUAAAAAGCUUUUGGUACAUCACGACGGAUUUAUAUCCAUCUCACACCGGCGAGUUGUUUGUAGAAUAAUCCUAAGACGGUCUGCUUUUAAUCGUUUAUUUAGACCGAUUUUAAACACUUUUCAGGGAAUAUACAAGUCGAGUGUAAAAGCUGAUCCCAACAGGAUCAUCUUCUCUAGUGGUGUAUUUGGAACAUCCUGAAAGGUUGUUGAUGCUACCUGGCGAAAUUCUUGAAGUCCAUCAAAUUAACCACACAAGCAAGAGCAAUAUUAACCGGAUGUCUUGAAUUCACAUAUAUUUUUAAGGUAUGCUGGGCAAAUAUCUUUGCGUUACAAUUCAAGUUCUUGUGCUGAUUUGCAUGUUACCCCACUGAACUGCAGUCAUAGCGAAACUCCUGCUGCUGAAAUGUGUCAACUUGCAGAAGCCCAUUUGUUUUUUGAAACAAAGGAUCCUAUUGUUUGUAAAAAGUUAUGUCUCCUGUAUAAAAGUACAUAACCCGCGAUCAGGUGGGAUUUUUUUUAGUCUCACAUACAAAUUAACAAAAAAGGGAAGAACGACUCCCUGAUCACAGAGUAACUGUACAUGACUGAAUUUACUGUAAACUCCUUUCUCCUUAGCGACGGAGUCGGAGUCAAAGUAAUCGUACAUGGAAUCAGAAGCGUAUCUAGAGAAAACAGCGUUCUGAUUCCGCCUACGACUCUGUCGUUUACGAUCAAGUGGAAAUUAGGUUGUCGGAGUCGCAAGCAGAAGCCGAAGGUUCACCCUCCCCACCCCCCCCCCCCCCCGUUUCCUCAGAUCACAACCCCUAGGUCGGGAACAUGAGGGUCGCAAGGCCUUUGCUCACAGAAUAACAGAUCACGUGUUCAGAAGCAUUGAACUAGGAGAAUUGUCCUUAUGAUAAUUAUAUGGAAGCUUAAGCAACGAGGAAGGCAAAAAGUAAUAGGGUUUGAUUAACAAAACAACACGCUUCCUAUUUUCACGUUUUAUGGAUGACGGGAACAAAAGACAACGAUUUUCUUCUUUUUCUUUUGUGAUAUAGUAUUUUCUUAUGUUUAUAGUCCUCUAGAAUUUAACUCCUGAAAAAUCGCCAACCUAUGACAACUAGUAAGAAGAGUUGGAAUAAGAGCGAUGAAAUUUGAAACAGCGCGAAUCCUGUUUUUGGGUGAAGUUUUUCGCUGCCGUUGCCGUCUUUGUUGCUUAUGGCCGCUGAUGUCAGGGGAAGGAGCUUAAUAGACGCUGAUCAUCUCCUUGGUUCUCAAGACACCCUUUGUUAAGAAGUAACACGUUAAGAAGCCGAACAAAAGCUCACAAAUCCCAUACAACACACUUCACAUCAUGAAAGCGCUUUGAUGAUGAAGCAACUGGACUUCGGUAGCACAAAAUAUCAACUAAAAAGUCUUUAGUAACAAGAAUUUGGAACGAAUGCUCUAAAAUUGUACACGUACAUUAGCCUUGGUCUCUAGCCUUUGGGUCAAUUACCCAAAAUUCACAAUUGGAAAUUUUCGAAUCAAUUUACAGCAGCUACCUAACUCACACUCAUCUCGUCUGUAACUUAUCGAACAAAUGACAACAACAACUCGUAAAUUUUAAUACUGGGGUUGCUGUUGUUUUUUUUUUCUUUGUACUUUUUUUUUUCUUGUUUCUAUUGUUAUUGUCAAUUAAAUGUGAAAAAAAUACAGUUGCACUCAUAGCACAUGUAAAUAAAAUCUUUCAAAGAUAUAUGUGCAUGACUUUUCAAUUAAACAAAACGCCAUUUUUAGCUUUAGAACUUCCGCGGUUUUUAACUUUUGACAUGGACCAGUUAGCGAAACACCGUCGACACCACUUGAAAAAGCGCCUUAAAAUUAGUAAAAUUGCCAACUUUGAAAGUGAUACGUUUUCAGCAAGUGAAGAUAUAGCUCUGCAAGUUGCGAAAUUUUACAGACGUUUGUAUGGUGCGGGGACGGUUUGUGCCUCCCUCCCCACCCCACCAUACCAACGUCUGUAAAACUUCACAGCUUUGAGGAGCCAUAUCUUCGUUACUUUUGGCAACAAAUCACUUUGAAACUUGGAGAUCGUAUUAAUUUAGGGGCGCUCUUUUCAACAGAGUUGACAAAUUGUCCCUAACUUCUUGUCCAUGUCAAAAUUGAAAAAAAAACCCGAUAGAGGGUCUGUUUCACAUAUAUAUUGUCCGAUGAGCCUUUCAAUGUUGCCUUUGAUUUAAAGUUUUGUUUUAUACUGCUGAUCCUGAUCUAGACAACGAGCCGGCUUUUUUCUACGCAGCUGUUUAUCCAAGUUGUCCUUGCAAACGUUGUUCGCUGAACAUGCGAUUUGUUGUUCCAAGCCUCGCUCUUCUAUGCACGCGCACAUUGCCGCAAUUGUGACGCGACUCGAUUGCGCCUGAAAGCCAUAUUUUGAAUCUCAACCCAAGAAGGAUUCUAAACAGGUUAGUUUAAGGACUUCUUAAAAUAAUAGUUAAAGCAAAGUAAGGCAAAGAAAAUGAACAGGAUGAAUUAUAUUCGCAGCUGAUGCUAGGUCAGUAACUACCCUGCUCGAAGUCAAUGAAAAUUCGUGAAUAUAAAAGGUUGACUGCUAUACACACUGUACUGCGAAAGGAAAGUUAUUUACAGCAGUUUCAAAAACGUUUUUCAAGAACCAUUUUAUAUUUUUCGCAAGUCGUGUUAACUUGCUUAAACGCAUGCGAGUUUAUUGAAUGUUUGAAUAGGAGUUUUGUGAUGCCGCGUUUAUUCGAAAGAGGCGUUCAUUUCAAAACGGUAUUUCCUAAAUCACUGACAACAGUUACGAUAAAUCAAUUUGUAGAUAUUAUAUAAAAAGGAGACACGUGUUGUUUUUUGUUGAGGUGGGAUGGUCCUCCACUCAGUUGGUCUUAGUUGCUCUACUUUUACCUUCCGCGUUUGAAUACCCUGCUUGCAGAUUCUUUCCGGCAUGGCUUUCUUAGCUUGAAUGUGUCACCUUGUCGAAGGAGACUUGAAGGACAGUUUACCAUCAGACAUUUGUUCGGGGUAUCAUCCGUAGUACAAAUGUCUUGAAACUGAACUCAAGAAGAAACUUCAGAUAAAGGAAGAACAUUAAUUCCUUGAUUUUCUCUCUGCCAUUACUGCAUCGCGGGAGCCCCUACCAGUUUGAAUUGGAUAUAUGUCGUAUCCACUUAGAAGAGUAUCACGAACCAGUUUUGCACUUUCAACAGGUAUAUUCGGUAUACUGGAAUCUUCUCUGUACUCACUUGAAACACUGAAGACUCCGAGGAAGAAAGUCAAAAAACCUGGUUACAUUUUCUGCUCUAUCUUGAUAGUGUCCUCGUCUAAUACCGCGUGGCCGCUUAUAUACCAGCCUAAAAAAUGUCCCUAUGGGAGUUAAUUAACACUAUGUAAUAACCGCUAUUUUAACAUGUCCACGCAAUAACGCUUUAGCUUUGGGCGGAAUGCAAAACACCGUUGGUUUUGUUUCUAAAGUAUUAGUACCAGGUACUAACGCGUCAACUGCAAAGCGUAAAGUACGAAGAGCCCUAGGCAGUGUGUCCACACUUCUUUGCAUCCACGAUGAUUGUCUUCAUUCCAUUCACAAGUCAUUUAAAGACUGGUUGACUGAAACCUCAUGUUAUGGAGAGUAUGAAUUCAUCAUGGAUGAAAUAGAAAAGACAGCGUAUACUAGCAGACCUCUGUACUGAGGAACUAAACGAUCUAAAAUGGAAAGGUGUAAACAAUGUACAGUUAAGACCUGCUAAUGCCGCGUUUAGACUUGAACGGUUUACUGAGGUACGAGUUUACUUACCCAGGUAAACAUUUUCCGUGUGUAAACGCUAACUAAUACUUCGGUAAAUGCCGCAAAAGACAAAAGAAAUUUGACCAAGGUAAAAGUUGUAAUUACCCUGUGAUCAGGCAUGGUUACAGUUGGUAACCAAGGUCAAGAUGACAGAUAUAUCCGCUUGCGGCGGUGUAAUAUGUCACAUCCGCGGUGAGCAGAUCGUGCGAUUGUCACGUUUCUAUCAUGGCAGAUAACAGAAGUCAGGGAACGAUUGGAUCGAUCUUCGUAUGGCGAACAAUCCGUCAGGUAAAAGAAGGCAUUGUAUUUUUCAUUUUCAGUAUUAUUUACGGCCAUGCCCACACACGUCUAGCUCGUCUGGUAUUUUUUAAAGCAAUUUGGAGUAAAACCAUCCGUUUUCGUCUCGACCUCUUGAGGUGUUGUAACAUCAACAUCUUACGAAAUCUUGACGUUUCUGUUUGCGGCUCUUGAAUUAAGAAUUAAAAGCAAUGGCCACGAAAGCCACCACUUCACUUCUUGAAGCGAGCAUGGUUUUAGAAUUUCCCGCCAGUUCGAUUUCAUGACGUAGAUAAUGCAGACAGCGGGAGGGUUGACAGAUCAACUUGAGUUAUUUGAGCUAGUGUAAACACUGGACGAAUGUACCAAGGUUAAGUAACUUGACCUUAGUAAAUUUUUACCUUGGUAAAAGCUCAAAUGUAAACACGACAUAAGAUGUACGCGCUAAAUCAUGGUGCCCUUCACGUAUUUCAUGAAGUGUAUUGGAGUCAAGAGAGAGGCUCUUGAGCUGGAAAGACUGGCGAAGUCGCACAUUGUAGAUUUAGAAAUCGUGUAUGCUAAGAACUGUAUAAAUAGCACUGUGACGGUUGAGGACUUAGUUUUUGGAUUCGAAAGCAGGUGACUUCACUAGAUUAUCACUGGAUUGCCAGAGUACUUUGACAUCUUGUUGUUUCUAUUAAGAAAGCACCAUCAUUAGCUCAGUUUCUACCUUGAAACAUUUUUACAAACCAUGCUAAUCAAAAGAAGAAAAGUGUGAUCUCCCCAGGUAUCGUAUCAUUUGUAGCACAAAUAUCCAGAAAUACCAUACAUGGAAGUUGUUCACAAGAAGACGCAGCUGGAGGUCUUCAAGCCGAAUUUAAAUGCUUUUUUUAUGUGGUCUGUUUGGAUGCCUCUCAGCAGUCGGACUAUAUGGUGUGUGAAUGUACAAAAGGUAUGCUCCAACUGUGGUCAUUUUUUACUGGCAGGCUAGUGUGAACACGUCCAGUCGUAAGAGAGAAGAGUUACAACAUGGACAGUUUGCUCCCUUCACAGGGCUUUAAUUCUAGAUAGCUCAACAGUUGGUUGGAAAAAAAAAAGGAUGACAGAAUCAUGGAGUCUAUUGUUGUGCAGUGUGUAUUGUUGUGCGUGCGGUGUUCUCCCCUAAGGAACUGCAACUGCUUGUCGUUUCGGCAGUAGGCCUGUUAGUCCUGGACGCCAAAACAGGAAAUGCACCCCGUACUUUCCUGCGCCAUUAUCUCUUUUUCAUCAUUUAAUUAAAUUUCAUCAGUGACAAGGAAUGCGUUAUUUCUCAUUCCGAUUCAACUGUUUAACAUCAAAUCUGGCAAAGUGCAAUUGAUGUCGAGAGUGAGGUGACCUGUCUGUUUCCUUAACCGUCGUCUGUUCGCCAUCGGCCUGAAGAGUGCCAUGCCCAUUUUCCAAACGGUAUUCGGGGUGCAUUGGCCAAGAGGCGAAUACACUUUAAAUAUUUUUAAAAGAAAGUGAGAUGUUGGUAAUGUUUUCAGGAAUUUGUUAUCGCACACAAGAAAACAAGAUAAAAAGGAAAUUGCAAUGCAAGGUGCAAAAGCUGACAAAUUGGGUUUUAUUCUGCAAUACACCUGUAUUGAUAGAAAUGAGGCCGGAUUCAAACUUGACAUUUCAUAUGACCUCACUUUAACAUUGAUGGGGAAACUCUUGUUUGUGUUCACUUGAAAAGCCAACGUGGAAGGUUAAGAAUAGGAACCUCUUUUGGUGAAACCGAGUUUGAGUCGUGCCCACAAAAUGAAGCUAUAAUCAAGCGAUAGGAAGUCAAACAGUGUAAUUUGGUAUUUUUUAUUAGUACGUUUGCUGAAUUUUUGCAAUGUUAUCUGCUCACUUAAAAAGAAAGGUUUUAUUUUAGGAAUAGAACUACGUAUUUAGUAGGCAUAGCAUACACCAUUUGCAAAGCGUUAACGAGCUCCAACAAUGAAGUAAUAAGCAUUGCCGGCGUUGGAUCUCUUAAUACGACGCACGAAACAUAUGUCGUGGGUCACAGUUUGACAAAUAGACCCCUAAUGUGAUGCAAGAGCUUUUUGACGUCAUCACGAGUGGGCUGUUCACGGAAUAGGCUUACUUUCAGUGUAAACAAUACAAUAGCGACAAUAAUCCUAGCAGGGCCUUUUUAAGAAAAUACGCACCAAGACAAAGGUUAAGCCUGCUGGGAGAGGUUCGUGGAAUUAUUCCCCGACAUUUUAAAACAAGAUGCUCGAAAAUAUUACUUCUGGUAAAAGAAAUAUAUGAAAUACCAUCAGAUAAAGCGAUUCAAACUUGUUUUCGGUAUCAUUAUCAUUAAUGUAGUUGGCUCGAAGAUAUUAGCACUUGAGUGCUACACUCUAAAUUCGAGGGUAAAUAAAGUUUAUUGAUUGAUUGAUUUGAUCAUUUUUGCUCUACUGAAAGCAGUUGAAUAUUAAAUUUUAUGAAUUAUAAUACACAAAAUAUAGGGUAACAAAACAGUAAAAAUUGUUCCCACUUCUAAAUUACGGGGUUUUUUUAGCUAAUACUCCAAAUUCUUAAUUCCAUCAUAAUACCCCAUUCUUAAUUCGUUUCCAGAGCAUUCUGAGUGAAAAUUAGUCCUAUGCUCGGCUCAGUCUGUACCAAGUAGGGAGGUCAGUGGGGUGGAACGUCAGUUGGGUGUUGUUCGUGUUGUUGUGGAUUGUUUGUACAUUUCCUUUGCAAGUCUGUUCUUCUCAUCAGUGCCAGUGAAACAUCAUAAAAAGGUUAGUUUACCGAACGUUUAGUUUGAUACAGUCCUUAAGUUUAUUCCCAGAAACAAGAAGACAUGAUAGAGAUACAAAAAACGUGGUUAAUACCUUCGGCUUUCGAAUUCGUUAUCAGAUUAUUCACUGCUUUUAUCCAAUUCAUUCGAUUUAAAAAAAAGUCAUGUCACCUCAUAGUUUACCUGUAAUCUCCAUCUUCAAACUUUAAACUUUUGUGCUGCAUAAAGGCGCGUUUUUUCAAACGAUGCUCACUCACUCCUCCCCAACCUGAAUUUAUUCCUCUAUAAGUACACCUAGCUUGACUGUUGUAUGCGUAGUUUAUCAACCCUUUCCAACAUGUUACAUUCCUACCCCGGCGAAAUUUUUAUAAUGAAUAAAUAAGUUACUCAUUGACCAAGGGAUCAUAAACAGUUUCUAAAACAUUAGCGCAGAAAAGCUACUCUGGUUCGGAUAGACAACAGAUGUAGGGAUUAAAUUUACAUGUGGACUUUAGUCUGGCAUGGAUGGGUGCAUGUUAGAUGCAGGGUCUAAUUUACAUGCCGACACUAGCUUUAGCGGCCCUUUUGUUUUACAAGGGAGGAUUUUACGGUUCGGCGCGUGUACAAGCCAUGACAUUAGGUUAUAUUUUAAAAACAAAUUAACAAGUUAAAUUGCAUUUCUGAAAUGAAUAUACAUAGUUUGACGAUUUUGUUUUCCCCAGAGAGUUUUUUGGUUAGAUCUUAUGUUCCAGCAUCUGAUAAUUUAGAAAGCAGACAUUUCGUCGCAUCAUUUUAAGAGCGAGUAACAAAAAAACACCCCGAGCCACAAUACACACAAUUGAAUGAUCGUGAUAUCUAUGCUUGUAGCUGAAGACCGAAACACAGACUGAGAAUUAAAGAAGACAGAAGACUUGCUACAAGCUGAUUCGUAAUAUCACAAAAUAAAAACAGACUCUAGCAAGGGAGAUGUUGGAGUAUAAAGCACAUGAAGUGACGGCCAUUCUAUGUAUUUCCACGAGAACUGUGGAAAGUGAAAAGAGCUAAAAUUCUCUUAGUAAAGUGGCCUAUAAACGGGGAGCUUAUAACAGUUAUAACCAGACUAAAAACUCUGCAAGCAACAUUCCUAAUUUCGUUUGCCAAGCAUUCUGAGUGAAACCCAGUCCUAUGCGCGGCUCAGUCUACCAAGUAGGGAGGUCAGUGGGGUGGAACGUCAGUCGGGUGUUGUUCGUGUUGUUCGUGGUUGGUUUACAUUUCUUUUACAAGUCUGUUCUUCUGAGCUGUGUGAGUGAAACAUCAUAAAAAGGUUAGUUUAUCGAACGUUUAGUUUGAUACAGUCCUUAAGUUCAUUCCCAGAAACAAGUAGACAUGAUAGAGAUUCAGAAAACGUAGUUGAUAUAUAUAUCUUCCGCUUUCGAAUUCGUUAUCAGAUUAUUCACUGGUUUUAUUGCAAUUCAUUCGGUUUCAAAAAAAAUCAUGUCACCUCAUACCUGUCAUCUCCAUCUUCAAAUUUUUAACUUUUGUGCUGCAUAAAGGCGCGUUUUUCAAACGAUGCUCACUCCCUCCCCCCAACCCGAAUUUAUUCCUCCAUAAGUACACCUAGAUUGUAUGCGUACUUUAUCAACCCUUUCCAACAUGUUACAUUCCUGUUUCGGCAGAAUUUUUAUAGUGAAUAAAUAAGAUACUAAACGAACGUUUAGUUUGAUACAGUCCUUAAGUUUAUUCCCAGAAACAAGAAGAUAUGAUAGAGAUACAAAAAACGUGGUUAAUACCUUCGGCUUUCGAAUUCGUUAUCAGAUUAUUCACUGCUUUUAUCCAAUUCAUUCGAUUUAAAAAAAAAUCAUGUCACCUCAUAGUUUACCUGUCAUCUCCAUCUUCAAACUUUAAACUUUUGUGCUGCAUAAAGGGGCGUUUUUUCAAACGAUGCUCACUCACUCCUCCCCAACCUGAAUUUAUUCCUCUAUAAGUACACCUAGCUUGACUGUUGUAUGCGUAGUUUAUCAACCCUUUCCAACAUGUUACAUUCCUACCCCGGCGAAAUUUUUAUAAUGAAUAAAUAAGUUACUCAUUGACCAAGGGAUCAUAAACAGUUUCUAAAACAUUAGCGCAGAAAAGCUACUCUGGUUCGGAUAGACAACAGAUGUAGGGAUUAAAUUUACAUGUGGACUUUAGUCUGGCAUGGAUGGGUGCAUGUUAGAUGCAGGGUCUAAUUUACAUGCCGACGCUAGCUUCAGUGGCCCUUUUGUUUUACAAGGGAGGAUUUUACGGUUCGGCGCGUGUACAAGCCAUGACAUUAGGUUAUAUUUUAAAAACAAAUUAACAAGUUAAAUUGCAUUUCUGAAAUGUAUAUACAUAGUUUGACGAUUUUGUUCUCCCCAGAGAGUUUUUUAGUUAGAUCUUAUGUUCCAGCAUCUGAUAAUUUAGAAAGCAGACAUUUCGUCGCAUCAUUUUAAGAGCGAGUAAAAAAUAAACACCCCGAGCCACAAUAAACACAACUGAAUGAUCGUGAUAUAUAUGCUUGUAUCUGAUGACCGAAACACAGACUGAGAAUUAAAGAAGACAGAAGACUUGCUACAAGCUAAUUCGUAAUAUCACAAAAUAAAAACAGACUCUAGCAAGGGAGAUGUUGGAGUAUAAAGCACAUGAAGUGACGGCCAUUCUAUGUAUUUCCACGAGAACUGUGGAAAGUGAAAAGAGCUAAAAUUCUCUUAGUAAAGUGGCCUAUAAACGGGGAGCUUAUAACAGUUAUAACCAGACUAAAAAUUCGUUUUAAGCAAGCAACAUUCCUAAUUUCGUUUGCCGAGCAUUCUGAGUGAAACACAGUCCUAUGCUCGGUUCAGCCUACCAAGUAGGGAGGUCAGUGGGGUGGAACGUCAGUUGGGUGUUGUUCGUGUUGUUUGUGGAUUGUUUGUACAUUUCCUUUCCAAGUCUGUUCUUCUGAUCAGUACGAGUGAAACAUUAUAAAAAGGUUAGUUUACCGAACGUUUAGUUUGAUACAGUCCUUGAGUUCAUUCCCAGAAACAAGUAGACAUGAUAGAGUUUCAGAAAACGUAGUUGAUAUAUACCUUCCGCUUUCGAAUUCGUUAUCAGAUUAUUCACUGCUUUUAUUGCAAUUCAUUCGGUUUCAAAAAGAUGUCAUGUCACCUCAUAGUUUAAAUUUUUAUCCUUUGUGCUGCACAAAGGUGCGUGUUUCAAACGAUGCUCACUCCCUCCUCCCCCACCCGAAUUUAUUCCUCUAUAAGUAACCUAGCUUGACUGUUGUAUGCGUAGUUUAUCAACCCUUUUCAACAUGUUACAUUCCUGCCCCGGAGGAAUUUUUAUAGUGAAUAAAUAAGUUACUGAUUGACCAAGGGAUCAUAAACAGUUUCUAAAACGCUAGUGCAGAAAAGCUACUCUGGUUCGGAUAGACAACAGAUGUAGGGAUUAAAUUUACAUGUGGACUUUAGUCUGGCAUAGAUGGGUGCAUAUUAGAUGCGGGGUCUAAUAAUUUACAUGCCGACACUAACUUCAGUGGCCCUUUUGUUUUACAAGAGAGGAUUUUACGCCCCCGGGGGGGGGGUACUUUAGGAAUUUCUCGGUGGGGAUGUUUCGCUAGGACCCUGGAACCUUUAACCUAUACCAGAGCUAGUUCAGCUCGGUUUGAAUUUUGCUACCCUAUACUAGUGUAAACUCCCAAAAUCCCCCCUAUCCUAGAGCAGCUGUUUUCGAGAAAGUACUGAGGUCACUAGCACAGUCUAGCCAAAACAAAACCUUAUGCCACAAGCCCUAGUUUCCUGAAAAAUGAUACCCUAUUCUAGACCCAAACGCUCUGAUUUACAUACCCUAUCCUAGAGUAAACUGCUUGAAAACCAUACCCUUCACAGCGGCACGUACCUAUAUAACCCAUAUAUGGUAGUAACCCCCGCCCUUCCCCGCCGGGAUUUUAAGGUUCGGUGCAUGUGCAAGCCAUGACAUCAGGUUAUAUUUUAAAAAGAAAUUGACAAGUUAAAUUGCAUUUCUGAAAUAUAUAUAUAUAGUUUGAGGAUUUUGGUUUCCUCAGAGAGUUUUUUGUUUAGGUCAUUCACUAGUUAUGUUCCAUACUUAUCUCUGCUAUUUUGCCGCUCCUUCAGCAUCUGAUAAUUUAGAAAGCAGACAUUUCUUCGCAUCAUUUUGAGAGCGAGUAACAAAUAAACACCCCGAGCUACAAUAACCACAAUUGAAUGAUCGUGAUAUCUAUGCUUGUAGCUGAUGACCGAAACCAGACUGAGAAUUGAAGAAGACAAAAGACUUGCUACAAGCUAAUUCGUAAUAUCACAAAAAAAAGAACAGACUCUAGCAAGGGAGAUGUUGGAGUAUAAAGCACAUGAAAUGGCAGCCAUUCUAUGUAUUUCCACGAGAACUGUGAAAAGUUGAAAGAGCUAAAAUUCUCUCGGGAAGCUUAUAACCAGACUAAAAGAGGGGUUCAAAGCAAGUAACAUUCCUAUUUCGAGCAUUCUGGGUGAAACCCAGUCCUAUGCGCGGUUCAGUCUACCAAUUAGGGAGGUGUUGUUUGUGGUUGGUUUGUACAUUUCCUUUACAAGUCUGUUCUUCGGAUCUGUGUAAGUGACACAUUAGAACAAGGUUAGUUCACGAAACGUUCAGUUUGCUUUGUGUAGGAUACAGUUCUUAAGUUUAAUUUAUUCCCAGAAACAAGCAGAUAUUAAUAAGAAAGAGAUAAGAGAUACGUGUUAAAUAACUUCCGCUUUAGAAUUUAUUACCCGGGAGGGUACUCCUUAUAAUGGCCUAUACGGGGUUAGUCUGGCAUGGAUGGGUGCAUGGUAGAUGACGGGUCUAAUUUACACGCCGUCACUAACUUCAGUGGCCCUUUUGUUUUAAAAGGGUGGAUUUUGCAGUUCGGUGCAUGUGCAAGCCAUGACAUUAAGAUAUGUUUUUGAAACAAAUUGAGGACAAGUAAAAGUGCAUUUCUGAGAAAUUGACACUAUUAAAGCAUUUUGUUUGUUUGUUUUUUUUUACAGAGAGGUUUUUGGUCAAGUCAUUCACUAUUUUAAGUUCCAUACUUAUCUCUGCUACACAGAGAUUCAUACCCUCAGCAUCUGAUAAGAAAGCAAACAUUUGUUUCCAUCAUUUUAUGGAGGCUUACACAUAAACAACCAGCAGAGACAAUGAACACAAAUCAUUAAGUUAUCUAUCGGUGCAUAACUCUAACUCUAGUAAAUGGUGAUAACUGAACCACAGUCUAAGCAUUGAGCAAGACAAAAGUGUUGCUACACGCUAGGUCGUACCAUCCACAAAAUAAAAACAGACUCUAAGAAAGGAGGUGUUGGAGUAAAAAGUUAACAUGAAAUAGCGACCGUUCUGCGUGCAUGUAGUUGCACAAUAACUGUGGAAAGUUACAGUGGAAGUGAGAGAGUUUUAGACAGUACGUGGCUAGCUUAAGCAACAACGACGGCAACAACAACGGCAAAAUAAUGAUAAAAAAUGCGUUUUGCAAACCAAGGCUGGAUUCACGCUUCUUUUAAGCUUGCUGCAGUAGCACGACUACAUCGUGAAACAUUUCUUUUUUUAACGUUUUUUGGAAGACAUGAGACUAAAAUUCUUGUUUCGAUCCUUUCUGUUUUUUUGGCGCAGAACUUAUCAUUUCCCGAAAAUUCGCCGUAUUUUUCGUGUCCUUUGAUUUAGUAGUACAAAGUGUCCACUGUUGUGUUUUGGAGGCUGUCUUGGCCUUUCACUUUUGACAUUUCGAAAUAUUUUCAGAAAUAAGCAAGUUGUAAUUGUAUUGUAAUGCCUAAAGAGAGUAGCCUGCGUAGCAAGUGUUUCCAAUCGAGUUAUGGCGCGAAAGUUAGAAAAAAAAGGGGGGGUAGGGGAAAGGAAGAAGAAGAUGAAACGCUUGCCCGCAAACCCCACGAUUCUGGAAAACGCCCCUCGGAUAUUUCAGGGUUCGGUUCAUUUGUAAAUUGACAGCUCGUCAAAAUAGAAGUAUGACGAACAAAUUACUACCCCGGAUUGACAGAUUUGUAAAAUUACUUUGUUCUCCAAUAGAACACGUUCCAGGCGAUUGCAAAAACUGUAAUAAAUAAGGUUUACGAUGAAAGAAGGUUAAAACUCUGAGCGAUUGCUGCGGAAUGUCUUGUUUUUUAUUGUGUGGCUUUAUCUCGUCUGAAACCUUGUCGAAACGUCAAAAUGAUUUGUCCGGAACAAUUCACUUCGCCGGCUAAGUUUUGCAGAGCGGCUGCUCUUCAGCCCGUGUCGAAACGUUCUCUACAAUACAUGCCGCUAAAUUUCCAAUGAACAAAAAGAGUCUUUUCAUUUCAAAAAACUGACAAAUCGCUUGUCCAUGGCGGCUUUAGCUAGUGUCGAGUACCGAUGUUCUGAUUUAUGUUGAUGUUGUCUCCAAACAAACAGUCCAUUUUUUCCAGUCAGAUCCGCGCGCCGUCAUUCCCAAUAAAUUGGCCUUCCCUAGUCUCCACUACUCGAUCUCCCAUUAUACUUUAAAGACUCUGAUCUCAUAAACACACAAACACGAUUCAAAUCAGUCCAAGGCAACUGUAAUCUGCGACGCACGUAAACAGAGCAUACCUGGUUUGAUUGAAGUUUCGAGUGCUAAGUAAUCAACACUCCUAGCACCGCACCAAUCAGAAGCUGCGUUCGUGGGCGAACUCGCGCGGAAACGCUUGCUACGCAGGCUAAGUGAGGGUAUUUUGAGAACAUGGAAACCGGUUUUUCCAGCUGAGUGGUUCUUCAGGUACCAGAAGUUCAUGAAGACCAACUGAAAUAGUGAGAUUUGAAAUACCUUGAACUUUUUUGACGGUUAAUAUCAAUCUUCCUUUGUGACGGUAGACGGUAAGAAAUUACCGUUUUUCAUUGAGACCUUCUUAUCUGGAUAGAACAAAUACACUUAUCCUGCGACACUCAAUACACUUCUGAAAACGUCACUUCCAACCUUCACAAUACUAACACUCAGGAAACUUUACCUGGAGUUAUAACAAACACAAUCAUACUGCGACCUUGACACUACUGAAAACAUCAUUCUACCCAACACAAUACGCAGAUAUUAGCAAAUGUUAUCUGGGGUUAACAAACACGUACAUAUACUGCAACACUCGCUACACUACUCGAAACGUCAUUGCUGUAAUAUACAAAACGUAACCGUUACCCCUAGCUGCAAAAAUUCUUUUUUUGUUUACAAGCUUUAAAGAAAAGGUCCGUUAAAUUUUGUUCUUGAAGCAUAACGACACGUUGUCAAAGUGUUUGAGUUUCAGAGGAGUUUAACUAAAUAGGAACCACUCACAGUCAAGGUAUCACCCAAAAUUAAAAGUAAAAGAUAUCGCUGUUUGUUUUCUCCCUUUUUACAAUUGUCCCAACAAAUAAUAAUAGAUCUUGUAACUGAUUUCGUGCUCUCAAAAAGGAAGUCCAACAGGAUUGAAAAGGGCAAAGUGCAAAAUUGUACUCCACUGAAAGACUUUCAACAUUGCAUGUUGAAAGUAAAAUAGAUUUGUGAGUUUCUACUCAUGUUGGUUAGAAAAGGGUAAAUACAUCUAAUAUUGUAGUAUUUUUUCUUUCACUUGUAGGAAGGCUUAGUGUACCUUUCUAUGGCCUCUGUUGCACCAUCACCGCUGGCCAGUUCUGUGGAGAAGACAAAUGGAGCCAAGCUCAGCAGGCUUCUCAUCGACGGUGGAACAACAGUUCUUAGAAAUAUUUUUGAUAUCUAUCAUCCUCCUGCGAACUUGAUUACUGACUUAAAUGCUAAUUAUUCCAUUCUAAACAAUCUCUUACGUCGUCGGGUUCUAAAUGGCCAUCAAUGGGACAAACUGUUUCCACCGAGGGGAGUCGCACCAGACUCCAAAACCUUUGACAUCACUCUUCUUUUUCUCCUUCUGACCAACAUUUGUGGACUAGCCCCUCCCCCCUCAGGAUGGCACACAAAGCCACCCCCAAGUGAUACGUCUCGUGAGGCUAACCUUGCACGGGUUAAGCUCUAUCGCAAUGUCUUGUAUGGUCAUGUGACAACCACUAGUGUUGAUACACCAACUUUCUCUGCUCUGUGGACUGAAAUUAGUGGUGUUCUUGUGAGUCUUGGUCUCGAUCAGGCGGAAGUAGAUAGGUUGAAGGCAGAGAAAGGUGGAGAGCAAGAUUAUAUUGACGUGUUGAUUGAGUGGGCUGACAGUGAAGAGGAUAUCAAGUCACAGUUAAAGAACAUACAUCAGUCCCAGAGCCUAACCAAUAGAGCAGUUGAGGAUGUACGACACGCUCAAGCGAAGCUUCAAAAGACAGUGGAAGACAUACAUUUGACCCAGGCCAGUACUCAAAAGACAGUAGAAGACAUACACCAGACCCAUUCCAAAACACAAAAGACAGUGGACGCAAUACAUCAGUCCCUGGCCAAGACACAAAAGACAUUUGAAGACGUGCAUCAGACCCAGGCCAACACACAAAAAACAGUGGAAGACGUGCGUCACUCAAUGAAUAACACUCAACAAAGCUUUGAAGAAGUCGCAGCAGGUCUCAAGGAAAUAAAGGAAACAGUGGAUAGCUUAAACGACACAAAAGAAAACGACAGGACAGACGAGGUCCUUAGUAAUCUUACCAAGUCUGAAUUCAGAGGUGACAUUGAGUAUUAUGCGAAACGAUUUCAACAAGGCACCCGUGAGUGGGUCUUUGACAGAGUUCAGAACUGGCUGGAUGACAGAAGUUCUCAAAACCGUGCGAUGGUAAUCAGUGCAAAUGCGGGGAUGGGAAAAUCUGUCAUCGCAGCUGUGAUUUGCAGGAGAAUGCAAGACGCUGGCAGGCUGUCAGGAAGCCAUUUUUGUCAGUAUAACAAUGUACGCUACUGUAAGCCUCAGUUGAUGAUUCAGUCGCUUGCCUGUCACUUGUCCCGUGCCCUGCCAGAGUACAAGCAAGCUCUAGUGGAACAGCUAUCAAGAAAUCUGGGUACAGAUCUCAACAACAUGGGUGUGGAGGAGUUGUUUGCACUGCUUUUCAAGGAACCUCUUAGUGCGAUAGGUGAUCAAGGAAGAAACAUGCUCAUGGUGAUAGAUGGCUUGGAUGAAAGUGAAUACGAAGGAAGAAAUGAGCUUCUUGAUGUAAUUGCAAAUCAAUUUAUCAAGCUUCCUCAUUGGAUUCGUUUUCUUCUCACAACGCGUCCAGCCAUUAACAUCACAGAAAAACUGAAACAUUUGAAGCCAUUCGAACUGAACUAUAAUGAUGAAAAAAAUAUUGAAGACGUCAGAGUUCUUUUUCAAAAAAACCUGGAACACGUGGUCAAGCUAGGAAAUUUAGGCGAGUAUGUAGAGCGACUAGUUUUGAAAUCUGAAGGUCUGAUGCUGUACGCCCAUUUCCUUGUAUUGUUGAUCACUGAAAAUCCAUCAAUUCUUCACGAGGAAGACGUUGUUGACAGUUUACCGUUAGGAAUUUCUUCAGUGUAUCAUUCCUACUUUGAACGUCUCGAGCGUGAGCUCUUGAAGGAACUCCACAUAAAGGAAGAAAAUUUCCUGAAUCUGUUAUCUGCCAUUUCCACUUCAAGGGAGCCCCUGCCAGUGGGUUUUGUUUCUAAAAUAUUAGUACCGAACUCAAAUUCACUACUUGCAAGGCGUAAAGUGCUGAGAGCCCUGGGCAGUGUCUCUGCACUUCUUCCUGUUCGUGAGGAUUGUCUUCAUGUCAUUCACAAGUCGGUUAAAGAUUGGUUGACAGACAUUUCAUGUUAUGGUAAGCAUGAAUUCAGCACGAGUAAAAACGAGGGACACCGUAUACAAGAAGCUCUGUGUACUGACGAACUUAAAAAUCUGAAACGGAAAAGUGUAAACAAAGUACAAUUUAGCAUCACUGAGAGGUACGCGCUGUAUCAUGGAGCACAUCACAUGCUACACAAGAGCAUCAAAAGAGAGCCACAUGAGCUGAACGAACUGACGAGGGCCUACAUUUUAGAUUUAGAAAUUGUGUAUGCCAAGACCUGCGUUAACAGCACAACAGCGACUGAAGACCUUGAGUGGCUUAAAGAGCAGGGAACUUUUACGUUGUUAUCAAAAGAUAACCAAAGUAUUGUGGACACCUUGUUGUUUCUAUUAAGAAAAAACCUCCGUUUGCUUACGGAUACCCCUCAUACUUUUCUUCAAACCAUUCUUAACCAAGGAGGAAAAGUGUUGACGGUGGAGGCGUCACAUCUUUUGCGAAAUAAGUAUCCUGAAAUACCAUAUAUGGAGGAUGUUCACAAAGAGACUCAGCAGGGAGGUGUUAUAGCCCGAUUUGAAUGUUCAUCUCAUGUGAUCUGUUUGGACGUCUCUCCACAGUUGGAUUAUAUGGUGUGUGAAUGUGAGGACGGAAUGCUUCAUCUAUGGUCACUCCAUACUGGCAAGCUAGUGUGGACACGUCCAGUAGUAGAGAAAAAGGAAUUCCGUUGGUAUGCACCAUUUAGCUAUACUAGAAAUUUAGGUUUAGAUCCCUCAUAUCGUGUUUAUUCAUUCUUUCGUUCUGUCGUUUUCCACCCUACAAAGAAAUGUAUUUUAUCUGGGAGUCUAAGUCAGGUCUACACUAUGGAAGGAGACUUGAAACCGCUCUUUCCCGGAAGUAACUGUAGAUUCUCGGUUUGCUCUAUUUCCUGGGACAACACCAUGAUUCUAACUAAUUGUCUGGAAAGUCGUAAAUGCCUUGUUUGGUGGAGUUUGGAAAAUGGUGGCGAGGUCCAUCGGAUCUACGAAGAUGAAAACAUUUUAUCAUUUGCAUGGUCUGGCGAUGGAAGGCUUCUUGCAAUUUCCCAUUCUUCCGGAGUAAUAAGUUUGGUUAAUGUGCUGUAUGGAUUCAGAUUUAAUCUAGUAGAUAAAUCUGUCCGUAAUAGCCGUCCUUUAUUUCACAGAAGAGACGUGGAAGUAUUUGGCAUGGUAAAGUUUUCACCUGAUCAUCGAUUUGUUCUUUGUUGUUCUAUAGAACAGCUUGACCAAGUCUUACUUUGUCUCAAGGUUGUAGAGGAUGCCCCAAACAGAUUUUCUUUAACGGAAGUGUCUUAUGAUUCCAAGUAUUUUGAAUUUUUUAGUGAUUGUGGUUUUUUUUUUGGUGAUCUUAUUGCCACAGACGAUUCUGUGCCAGGGAAUAUUGUGUUUGGUCUCAACAAACAACAUCUGUUACGAUCAAGUGGUAGCUCAAUAGAAAUGGUGAAUAUCAAUAACGUCAGAAGAAUCGAUCAACGUAGAUCCCCUAGACCUAGUGGGAUAGCACUCAGUUUGGAUGGUCAGACCGUGUUUAUUGCAAGUGGCGCAUCAGUCACUGCUUAUGACGUGUUCAGUGGGAAUCGUAAAGCUGAGAUAAAACCCGUACCUUUCGAAUAUUUGUGUUCUGUUAAAGGAGGUGUUCUAAUGUCAAAGAAAAGAGGCCCUAACUCAACAGAGUUGUGGGAUUAUAGCCUCUCUAAAACUGUCAAAGUAUGGACCAACCUGAAUUUUGACGUUGAAAAACUGAUCCCAAUAUCAGAAGAAAGAGUAGCAGUCGUAGGAAUAGUUGAUGUAGCAGUCCUGGAUACAAGCAGUGGAACAGUUGUGUCAACAAUCCCAUCUUUAGAAGGAAGUUCAAGAGUUCUUACUUGCAACAGUAAAUGUCAGCUGUUAAUUGACAGGACGAGGGAUGGACCUGGUCCUGGCUAUCUUCAGUUGUUAGAUGGUACAACAGUUGUUUGGCAAAAGGAAGGCUUCGGAACGAUCUGUGAUUAUGUGAGAGGGGCAUUUUCACCUAAGGAACAGUUCCUUGUUGUUGCGUCGGCUCGAGGCAUGUUAGUUCUGGAUUCUAAAACAGGAAACACACUCCGUACUUUACUUAAUUCACGGCAAUAUUUUGCCGAAAGUUUCUUUACUUUUAUCAGUGACGACGAAUGUGUUGCUUGUAGUGGUAAUUACACUUAUCAGCUGUUAAACGUCAAAUCUGGUGAACUUUUAACUGCAAUAUAUCACGGAAGUUUCGUGACCUGCUUAGCAGCCUGUCUCUUUAAUCGUGUUGUCGUCUUCGGCCUGGGCCAGAAUGUUACACCUAAUUUUAAAGUUUUCAUGGCGUGUUUGCCACGAGGCGAUGACAGUGAAAACAGCAAAAGGUGAGCUGUCGGUAAAUCGUAAUUUAUUUUCUGUCAUUUAGCCUUUUUUGCUAGAAGACUUGCUAGAAAUCACCAGUAGUUUUUCUCCAUUAUUUCUCCACCACUUUUUAAUGGAUUCAUUUGAAGAAAACUCGUAUGACCGGGGCAUUUGCUCUUUUGAGCAACAAUCUUAGCGAGCGACAGGCGACUGGUUUUCACGCAUGCUGCAAAAGAUUCCAACCUCUAAAAGAUUGUCUGACGCAUAUAUAGAAUUUACCAUUUUUAAAAAUGUCCGUACAAAAACUAAGAAACCCCAAUCACCUAACUUCCUCUUUCAAGUUCUUUUUAACUUAUUUAUAAGCUGAUAAUCUAACAGCAAGGAUUUCCAUUAAGUGAAAAGGCGGUGAAGGGGGAAGAGAUUUCUGACAAAUAGCACGUAGCAGGUAUUCUAGACAUCAAAUCCCCUCAGACGACAUGACUUGUCUAUUUCCCAGCAACACUUUCCUUCCUAGGACAUAUUAUUUUUCCUAAAUCUCCCAGCCAGCAAAAAUUUGCCUGAAGAACAGAUAUUUUGAGGAACAGAUCCGUUGGGUGCCCCUGUAUGUAUUCAAGAAACCUCGCGACAUACUCGUGCUAACAAUACUAUCUUCCAUAAUUUUUUAGCAGUACCAGCGGAGCAACAUUGGGUGGACAGAAGAGUUCAUAUUCGGCACAGCAAGUAUGUAUAAGUUGUUUGGUUUUGGUAUAAACUAUAAACAAUUAAUAUUGAUUGACUGAAUGCUUCGACUGGUACUAAGCGCGGUUGGAGCAAGUAAUUCUCCAAAAAACUUGAAGAAGUUUGGUUGGAUAUAAAGCUCGCUCUAAAACUGAGUUUACAUGUAAACAAUGUGUUGUUAACUAAUAUUGCUCAGUUAUCUUAAUCUGGAUAGUACAUUAAUGACUCUGAAGAUCAACGGGAAGGAAAAAGAAUGCAAGGUUAGGAAAGCAUCAGCAGCACGCGGACCAAGUAAAUCAAAACGCAGGAAAUAAUCACGGUUGAAUUUUUUCUAGAAUAACCGACAAGCCAAAGGGAGAAGUGAAGAGGAACAAACAGAAAACAUGCAAGAGGUAACUAAUGAUGAUAAUCGCGGGUUAUUAUUAUAAUCGACUUACUAUUAAUUGUCUAUCUAAUAGCAUCCUCAACUUCAAGUAGUAUUACGUUUGUGUCUCUUUUCAGUUUCAGAAAAUGAACUUUUUUUUUUCUUGCAGCUAUUCCUCGAAAUGCAGUUCACACCUAUCUAGUCAUAUUUUUGCGUAUUCGUAUUAUUAUUUUUUCUAGUACGUCAGUUAUUUGGUCUUUGCAUACUGAUAGCUGUGAUCUUUUCCUCCUUUAAUAUCUUGAGUUUUACUGUACCAAAACAGCUAAGUUGCCGUUCCUCUGUCGUGUGUGACCUCAAUCGUGGGUAAAUUUCCAUAGUACAUUUAUUGACCAUCACUGACGUCAAUAAUAAAAAAAUUGCAAACAUCUUCCAAAUUUGGCAAAUGGUUGUUGGGAAUGAUCGCUAACUGUGUAAAUAAGUAGGUUGAGUUUGAUCGUCCGGGUGAACGUAUAGUCCUUAAUAGGACUUUUGUUGUUGACAGUGACUGACGUUUUAAGAACCUGCGGUAGUCAUCUUCCGAGUCAAAGUGUUUUGUAUCACUUCAGUUGAUGGUAUUAUGGCAGAGGUUGUCGAAACGCCAGUCACUGUCAACAACAACAGUCCUAUUUCAGGACUACGUUCACCCGGACGAUCAAACUCAACCUACUUAUGAAAUGACCCCUGGAUUCAAAUUUUUCGCAAGGCCAUCACGAAAAAUAGUUAAUUUGUACAUUUUGAACGUGCGUUCAUUCCUGGACUUAUGACCAAGCGAAAUAGAACAGUAGAUGUAAUUUAAUUUUAACUUCUUUCCAGGGCGACCAACACUCUGAAGUUCGAAGAGGCGAAAAGAGAAAGGAAAAUGAGCAAGAGGUUAGUUAUUAGGGAGAUAUAUAAGAAAUUGAAGCUUGGUGUAAGAUUUUGUCUAUUAAAGACAUAAUUCUUAUUAAUAUUAUGUUUUAACUCCAUUUAUUCUUGCUUCAGCUUUUCCAGUUACGCUUUGCUCAAUUUACACAUUUUCUCUUCUUCGUCUCUUAUUUGACAAGUUUCAAUUAAGCAUUUAGUCGCAUGUAUUCAUUCAUGCCUGUUUACUUAACUACUAAUAUCCCUUAUAAUUCUAGCCCUAGGUUUAACAUACUGUACUUGGCCUUGUAUGUUGUUAUAAUUUUGAACUUUUGUUAAUGGCAAAGUUUUUCCUAGAGUCCUUUGAAAUCACGUUGUCAGACAUUCGCGUAGUUGCUUCCGAAGCCACGAACGCCGUAAGACUAAUUCUGUGAAAAGAAUAUCAAUGAUCUAGAUAUGUGUUAAAUAAUCAGGUCCUUUCAUAGUCAGCACUUUCUUAAAUGUUACCAUACCACAAUAUAGGAUGCCAUACUUGGAGAUGUUCAACAAAUCUUGUAUCUUUUUAACACGCGACUACCUGCCAUGCAGAUGUACGGCAUUUAACAAAAGUGAAUUAAGCACAAUGAGUUAGACAAAUAAGAUAAUUUUCGGUUACCUCUACAGUUUCGGGGUCAUAGUGUUCGAGAGUUAACAUGUGUGAUUAAAUGGAAAAAAAAGACAUCCGAUAAAGUAAUUUCUACAUUAAAACGUCAAAACAACAAUAUUCUAGCUUCUAACCAGUCAUAAAUCUGGCUUAUUCUCAACGGCCAUUUUGCUUCGAUAGGGUAUCAUUCUCUUAUUGAAGUUGUCAAUAGAAUUCAACUCAAUGGUGACAAGAAGCUUUCCUUCUAGUGUAUUUAUAGCUCUUACGGCCUGUUUACAUGGAGAUGGGGGACCUUAGGUAAGUGAGGUAACACGCUUAGGUGGAUAAUCCACCUGUUCAUAUAAUCUCUCAUGUGUCGGGUCACCCCACUUAUCAUGUAAACGUGAACAAAUUGAAAUGAGAGAUAAUAUGGACAGGCGGGUUACCCCAUCUAAGCAGGUACCUCGCCUACCUGGGGUCCCCCACCUCCAUGUAAACAGGCCCUUUAAAAGGCAUUUUAUACUAGCAUCAUUCAUGCUGAAUUUUAUAACAGAAACUUGGCCAUAUUUUUAUGGAAUUCAAGGGUUUCUUAAUAACUGGGUUUCCUCCUAUUUAUAUGAUCGUUAUCAAACUCAGAGACUCAGGUUGGCGCAGACAUUACUAAGAAAGAGCGAUGUCUGUACCCGCUUUAGGAAUUUAAUUGUUCCUGUUGUGUCUGAAUUGGAAAAACAAUUUAGCUUUAACUUAUUUACUAAUGACACAAAUUUACUCUACGCUUAAAAGGGCUAGAGAUCACUUCAAAGUAUUGUCAAUGAGCAGAAGUUUAAACAGUCUGUUCUGUUAUGCAAUGUAACGCCCUCAAACAUUUAAGGUUUAUUUAUGGACUCUACAAAAAAUAUAUCAUCAUUACACCUGUGAUUUUCUGCAUUAUACAGUUGAUAACUAAUCAUAAAAAACACGUUUAUGGUUUUCUGCUCGGCGUUACAUUUCAGGAUGAAAAACAGAGCGCAGAUCGAAAGAGACACAAAGAGAACUGAAGAUCAGCCAGAGGUUAGUAAAAUGUAAGAAAAGACAAAGAAGGACAAACUUGAAAGCCUUUCUUGUAUCUUAAGGUCGGUAAAGUAAUUCAUACAGUAAUGUUGUUAACGGUUUUUUUUUUGGCUGACACUUAUUACUGGCCUCACUUUUUUGACAGGGGUGGGGGCGGUGGGGAGGGUUAGGGUCAUAACAGAGGAAGAUUCAUAUCAGUUGACGAAAGAUUAACUUCAUGUCAGGGGUUCCAUCAAAGCCUUGGGGGGUUUCGAAGGCUCUGCUUAACUUUCUUCCCUGACAAAUCUUCAUAACUGCAAACGUUUUCACCUUGCCCUAAAUGACCAAUCAGACUGAUAGUGUGAGUCUACUGAACACCACUAACUCAAUGUGACUUCCGUGCAGGUUGUCGAAGUGUUAGUUAAUGUGUUAUUUGACUUGACUAAAUUUUCGAUACCAAAGACUUGAACUGACGGUAAUAGCAACAGGCAAAAUUAACUCACUGAAAGCUAAAUGCUCAAUCAAAUUUCACAGUUUCUCUUAAGCUACGGUACAUUUACAUUUGUAAGAAAUUCAGCUGAGUACAAGAAAGGGACUCGGCUCCUUUGCGCUAAUGGCAAUAUUAAAGCCCAUAUCUUAAGGCGGUGUUACACUGGACGAUGCGGUAUCCUGUCGACGACUUUUUUUCUUUUAGUGUCGCAUCGAGAUUUCGACACAGGUUAAAAUAUAAACUUGUGACCUCGUGUAACACCGUCCCUACACUUAGCCCCGAGGAUUUUGGCUUGUUGAGGGGGGGGAGUGGGGUGGGGGUAAAAGGUUGCAAUAUUUAAUGUUUACCAUCUGUUAUGUUUUCUACAAUUUUAGGUGUGUCCUAUUAUGAAGGGGAGAUACAAGAUAAUCCAAUCGCUCUGUGCCUUCAGGACACGACCUUUGUUGUUUUGGAAAGAGAUUCAAACAGUAAUGACUACCAGUUAGGUUUUUGUAGUUUAAUCAAGUCUUUUUUUAGUGAUUUAGGCCUUCUUUCAAAAAUACCAUAAUACUAUUUGUUUACCUUCAAAAUUUAGCGUAAGCAUUGUUUUCUCUUGGGACUUACAAUCACCCCAAGAGAAAUUGAAAACAAUGCUUAUGCAAAAUUUUGGAGGGACAACAAAGGAACUAUUGUUUUUUUCAAAAAAAAGCCAACUGUAUCUAGUCGAAGAUAAGGUCUUUGUAUUGGAAUUUUAUAUCAUUUACAUACAUAGCAUUAGUAUAUAUUGAGUGAAGUGCAUAGUUCGAAGUGUAUUUCGUUUAGAUUUGCUUUAAGAAUAGAGACGAAAACAUGUUUAAUGAUUUUUGGUAUAACAAGUAUAAAAAAGCAAAGUAGUUACUUCCAGAAAUAUUCGCCUUGGGUUCUAUUCCAUGGUUAUCUAUCCAUAUAUAGUACUAGAUGACAUCACCUGGAUGUUAUCGACGUUGAGUUUUAAUUGAAAAAAAGAAUGUUAUCAUUCCAUUCAGUAUUACUGAAUAGUUAGUUGGUUGCCUCAUGCAGGCAUUGAAAUUAUUUUUGGUAUUUCCUACAUUUUAAGUGCAUUAUAACAUUAUCUUUAAUUUCCACCUUAAAGUUUAAUUUAUUUUACUCAGUCAGUAGUGAGGGCUUUUAAUUAUGUUUAAAGUUUUAACAGCUUAAAACGUGUAAAAAACUAUUGAGAAGAAAUUUUCUGUUAGUCCACAAUAGUGUUUUUACAGUAUGUUAGACCAUAAACCGUUGUUGGUCACUUUCGAAACAAAAAUCACUUUGGCAUUCCAGGAACGGAGUGGUCAUAAAUUUCAGAGAUUUAAUCAAACUUUGCCUGACAGUGAUGUUGUGCUGAUGAUAUGACGGGCAUUUGUAGGUAAAGAGACGUUUAGGGCCUGUUUACAUGGAGGUGGUGGGCGCCAGGUAAGUGAGGUGGGGUAACCCACCUGCAUGUCCAUAUAAUCUUUCAUUUCAGUUUGAUCACGUUUUAAUGAUAGGUGGGGUGGUGACUUUUGGUCCCCCAGCUUAAUGUAAACAGACCCGUAGUAUCAAUAAAUCUAAACAGGCGGAUUACAUUGUAAACCAGUUUUAUGGUCGUGUCUUUAGCGACAACCAUAUUUUAUGAUUGCGGCAAAAAAGAAAAUUUUUCUUCUCUCUAGAGCUGAGGAGACAUUUUUUUAACAUUUUAUAAAAGAAUUGUCCUCUGAGGAUCAUAGCUAGCUCGGUGACAAGGUACCAUUAACAGUUGUAGGAUUCCGUCAGCGUAGAUCAUAGUGCCUCGACAAGAUGAUGUUGCUGCAACAUGCGGUUUCCUGGUUUAUAAAGUGAUCAGGAAAAAUUCAGUCGAUAGUUUUGGAAACUGAAAAGUAGAUUAGGUCAUUCUAGGGAUUUUUUUAAAUGAUCGAGUAGAGCAAGUUAAACUUGGCAUUGUUAAAAAAACGUAAUUACACUGAUAACAAAGUGGAUUUCUUAGCGAAAAUUAGGUCUGGUUAAACCAGGACACUGUACUGUGCAUUUCAAGCAAUCAGGGCAUUUAACUUGAGAAUGUGAUAGUAAGGUUGCUUCAGUACUCAAAAAGUACUAAGAAACAUUAACAUAGUUUAUGUAUCAUUAGAUGAAAGAAUGAAUCUCACAUUUUACUAUCAAAUAGCUGACCCUGACUGACAUGCGCAAGUAUAAAUUUAAUAAUAGACCAAUUUUUACAUAUUGAAAUUCAUACUUGGCUCCGACGCUUGGGGAAAUCAGUAAAACAACAGAAAUGGAUUAUUCAUUAUUGAGUCUCAAGAUGAUUUGUCUUGUUUUAUUCCCCCAAGCCUCAGUGUCAAGUCUGAAUUUUCAGAUAUCGAAAUUAGUCUAAAAUGUUUGUAACAUGGUUCUCGUUAGCACUGUUUAAUUUCAGUAGUUCAGUUUAACAUAAGGUAAUUCUUACAACUUGUGUGAUUUUUUAAGGAAGAGUAGUUUUGUAAAAUUAUUUCAUAAAGGUAGAAUAUUAGAUCCUAGUAAGGAAGGAUUCCAGUUCCAUAAUAAUUUUGAAAGACUGAAAAUUUUGUCUCAAGCCAUUUCUCGCACUAUUUAUAUCAGUUUUUAAGGAAAAAUAUGGAAAGGAUAGUUUUUCAUGCACUUUUUCUCGGCUGAUCAUUGAAAACCUAGGCCCAAUCACCAGGCGCUUUAGUUUUGAGAAAUUAUAGAAGCUCAGUUUAGAUCUAGAAAUUUAAAAACUGUAAAAGUAUCUUAGAAAUGACCAGUAUUAUAAGAGUAAUGAUUAUCAUUAUAGAUUUCCUAUCACCGCAUUUGAUGAGGCAAACAUUUUGUAAUAGAAAUAAGAGAUGAGAGGAAAUUGUUCAACGUUUUGAUCUCUGUCAGCUCAGAUUCAAAAAGGAUGGUAAAAUGUAAGCCACAAGUGUUGAGGCAAUAACAGUGACAAAAAGACUGGGCAGAAAAUAUUAGGACCUACUUAGGUAGGAAAACUGUAAGAAUAUGCUUGAAAAAAAGACCCUUAAAACCUAAAAAAAAAAAACAAUCUUACCAUCAGGGAGAAAAAGAUUCAGUGUGGCUUUAGUUUGGCUUUCUUCGAAGAGCGUCUUAUAAAUGAGCCCCAUUCAGUUGUCCAGACCGUGGCGGAGGAGACAUCACAUGCAGUUACAGAAUCCAGCUAUAAACAUAACCUGCAAGAGGCACCUAAACAUGUGUACAUUCAAUAACAAUCAGCAAGCGGAAGAUCAGUACAGUUCAAGUUGACAAGUUAUUACGAAAAGGCUCAGAUUCGUCAAGAUUGUAUUCUCACUAUAUCUUUGGUUUGCCUAGCAGGUUUUCUUCUUGACAAGAAUAAACGGCAAGACGUAUCUUCAGUAUGCAGCCUUUUGACAGUGUGGAAGAAUGCAUCAAAAGCAUUCUAGGAUCACUGAUUCAACACUCAACACAGUGAAGGCAGAUCUGUUAGAGCUGUUUCAGUAAUUUUGCCACAUUGAGUUUGAAGAAAAGCUUAUAUGAACAUGUGGACAAUGUUACCAUGGAUUCACUGCCGGGACUCCAGCAUGAUAACUGUUGCAUUCAUGUGUACGGCUGUCGUAAGGAAUUCGAAAUUUAAAACCAAAGCCAGAUUCCUGAAUUAUACAAACACCUUCAAAUUUCAUAACUAGUUAAAUGCCCGAUGCUGAAAAGUCUGAAAGCACUCUCUCAACGCCAAACUACGGCUAUCCUUCGUUUUAAACAGCAAGACAUGUCAUUUCUAUCAUGGAAAAGAAGAUUGUUUAAAAUGGUUCCACCUUAAGAAACAAUGGCCUUCCAAGAAACAGAACAUACUUGAUUAUUGUUGCAACAACAGAGUUACUUCCUGGUAGCUGUUCCAUCAGCGGAUUAAAUCAUCUCAAAGAACAACAUACGGGAGCCACUUGACAUUCAACUAAAACUGAGAUCUGUCACAAAUGCCCAAGUGAACUUGACUGUCUUAUUUAUAAGGUGCUCUUCUCUACUGAAAUGAUCAUGAAACCAAAAUUAUACAAACAAUAUUUUACUCUCGUUGCGCAAAGUAGUUUCAAUAUCCUGAAAAAUGUGAUAAACUUAUUUUGUUGUGAGUUAUGUGAUUGUCUUAAACAAAUUUUCACUGGUUGUCGAUUUCUGCCAUUUUUAUUGCCUUGACACUUAACAGUUUCAUGUCCUCUACCAGGUAUAUCGUAGUAUUUAGAAACAUAUAUGCUUAUUCUCUUCAAUGGCUAUGGCUUUAAGGAAAAUCAUUGCGGUAGAGCUUAUGAAAAUAAAGUAAAAUGUGUUGACAUGA